AUGGAUAUUGAUGUUGAGCUGGACCAAAUCUUGUCAAAUGUCCUCUCCCUGGAAGAAGACUACCCUUUGCCACAGUAUGAAUACAAUAAAAAUGGCUUCACUAAUGUUCUCAGGGAAUUACUUGACAUUUUUCCAUCAGAGCAAAGUAAAGUGCCUAUGCUCUACUCAGGGAUUCUACAACAGAAUCAUGUGGAUUCCUGCACAUUCUCUGGAAUCCCACAUGAAACAAGAUUAAACCAAAGUUUGGAAUCUAAGAACCCAGAAUAUUAUAUGAAUAAAACCCAAGGGACUUACAAGGGCAUCAAAAGUAAGUUAAUACAGUUAGCUAUAUAUAGAAUUCAUUAUAAAAAUGUGUUUUUACAUACUUAGUGUUUGGUAGGAGGGUUAUAAAAAUAACGUGUUUAUAAAUGUCUAGAAAAACACUUAUUCGGUUUUAGUUUCAUAUAUAUUAACAUUAUCAAAUUGACUAUUACUUUGAAGCGUUCAAGUAUUAGUUUGUUGUAUAAACUAUUUUUUUCUGAUUUUCCUGUAUUUAUAUGUAUAUUUUGAUUUAUUUUUUGCUCUUAAGGAAAUUGUUGAAAACAUAUGUUUAACUAUUUUUUAUUUUGAAAAAAGAUUAUAAAUGGUCAACUCACUUAACUUACAUCGGUCAUGUCUGCAUUACUUCUAUAUCCUAUAGACUGUAAGCUCGUUUGAGCACGGUCCUCUUCAACCUAUCGUUCCUGUAAGUUUAUUUGUAAUUUUCCUAUUUAUAGUUAAAUCCUCCCCUCUCAUAAUAUUGUAAAACGCUAUGGAAUCUGUUGGCGCUAUAUAAAUGGUGAUGAUAAUAAUCAACCAGUUAAUUGAUCAGAUCGUUAUACACUGAGAUUUGUUAGUUCUGGAAAAGAAAGUUUUGCUUAGACCACGUCUGUCUUAAAACAAAUGAUUCUAUACAACUCUACAUUUAUUUUCUUUGCUUAAUCUAUUCAGGGCCAUUGCAUGCAGAGCAGACAGAAGGAUGUAAAAGACAGAGGUGCAUGAAUGAUAUUUAUUUGCCAAUGGCCUCAAACAGAACGGUGAAAAGAACACAGUUCAGCAUGGAACAGACGGCAUACUUGCUAAAUCAGUUUGAACUGGAUCCUUAUCCAGACUUUGUAAGAAGAUGUCAAAUUGCAAAUUUAGCCGGAAUCCCUGAACCAAGGAUACAGGUAAUUUUUUUUCCAAGUGUCAUUUUAUAUGUAUAGAUAUAAAGUAAUAUAAUUAGAGUUCAAAGCAUGCAAAUUAUAUUAAACACCUUACCUCCCAAUCAUAUGUACCCAUCUUAUAACACAUGCAGAAAAGGAUUUAGUCCACAAAGCCCCACUUAUCAUCCAUUUUUUUCCCCAACGUUUGUUUUUACUAUUCAAAUUAAUUUCUCUUCCUGGGCUCUGCUUGCCCCAUCUUUAUUACUGAUCUCUGAAAAUGGCCAACUCCCAUUCCACAGGAGUUUUUGACUACUAGACUGAUUCUAUGUAGUUUAACCUACAGAGUGAGAGGAUUUAGAAUCAUUUUAAUAAGGGGCAACGUGUUUGGAAUUCAAAGUUAAAGGGACACUCCAGGACCCUAAUGCACUAUAGCUUCCUGUAGUGCUUUGUGUGAAUAGUCUUUGUAAUAUAAAAAAAGUACAGAUUUUAAUCGAAAUCAAUAAAAUCUUGCUACACCUCUCUGGCUGUCAGAUAACUGGUUCUGUGACUUCCUGUUUUUUAGCCCAAUGGAGCUAAACUCAGGAUGAACGCAACUGCUCAGAGCGCCUACCAUGCAAAUUCAUUGCGUAGCAUGGAAUUUCAUUGAGUAGCAUGGGCAGCUAUAGAAAGUCUGGCCUGGCAGGGUUUGCAAAGGCUUCAAACAAGAAGUUUGCAGAUUUUGCAAGUUGUCUUUAGAUAUAACCCCAAUACAAUCCUAAUUCAACGCUUCAUGGUUUGAAUAUAUAUAUGUACUAAACAUGUUUUUAUUUGGGCAGUGGAGUGUCCUGUUCAAAGUAAAUUUCCAAGUUUUAUCCUAUAAUAGCCAAAACUAGAGAGAGGACAGGGAUAUAAAGAUUCUCAAUUCAGAAUGCAUAAUUCAAAACAAAAAUGUUUUCUAAUGAGCAGACUAAACUUGCCCAGUAGAAUCUGCAACAUAUUUUUGAGAAUUACCAUAGUACGGAUGUUUUUGUAAGGGUUUAUAAAUAAAUUAGCCAUAUACUGAAUUAUCUUAAAUGUACUAAAACAUGUCAUUAUUUACAGGUUUGGUUUCAAAAUAGAAGAGCAAGACAUCUCAUGGAACCAAAGAACUACCGAAGCAACAUGAAAAGCCAUUGAACAUUAAAGUUUUUUUAUUUUUCUUCUAAAAACAUUUGACUUUAUCUGCACUUAAAGAUCAUAUCGGCACUUAACAAAAUUAUAGCAUAUUAAAUGAUAGAAGUGGUCAGUGUAAAAAUCUUAUUGCUAAAUACUACUUUCAAGUUAAUUUAUUUUUAUUUAGUUAUUCAUUUUUUUUUAAUUCUAUUUAUUGGUUCUAAUGAAUCCAUUCCAUUCUGGUACACUUGUAUGAUUCUCUGACCAUGUUACAUAACAUGCCUGCUUGUGAAACAAAUGUGAACUUGUCUUAAUAAAAUUGUCUAAACUAUAAAUUUUGUAUUUUUGUUUCCUCUCAUGACUUGAAAAAAAUACCUUUUAUAAGACAAAUGCUCUAAAGUUUAAGAACAUCGAGAUGAAGAUAAUGUAAACUAUUUCCAUAGAUGUUCAUUAGACUUGCAGAUUAGUUUUAUUCUGGGAGAUCAGCUGAAAUCCUAAUUUUGGAACUGCCAAAGGUCAGUAUCUAACUACGAAUGACUAACACAACAUCAGAAAGAGGGAAGAAGUGUAGAAGAGGCUGUAUUUUAAUUUUUAUUUAAUUUGGUUUUGUAUUUUGGUAGGGGCAAAUAGGCAGCUUAGUUUGCUAUGAUGGACAAGAGGUCUGCCCAGUAAUGUGGCUGGAUCUUUGGUCCAAUGAAGAGGUGGGAAACAAAAGAUGACUGAUUGGAUAGGGGACAGCCAGUAAAUGUUGACUAAUGCUCAGGUGACAACUAACCAAUGCAGAGGAUAAAGGCGAAGCAGUAAAACAAACUAGAAGAACGUUUCCCAUUCACUUUGACUGCAUAGAUGGCACGAGUCUUGUGGUUGUGGUUAGUGCAGUGUCCUACUUUAACCCCUUAAGGACACAACUUCUGGAAUAAACAGGAAUAAUGAGGGAAUAUAUCCAUAAAAAAAAAAUAGAAAAUCUUUUUAACACCAGCUUGGAAUCACCAUCCUUUUUUGUUUUUGACCUCCAUGUUUUUUAUGCUGGAACAGCAUGUGCCAUUUGUGCUUCCACUGGUAUUGCAGUUCAUUCUGGGAGGGGUUAUCCAAGAAGGUAUGAGUGGAGAGCACAUUAGAGACUAAUUUGUAUUCCUUCCACUACAGUUUUAACCUUUUCUGGUGUCCCUCUGCUGUAUGAGGGCUCAAAACGUGUGUUUUAUGCACUGGUCUCCAUGGGUAGAUCAACUGUCAGCCAAUACAGUGUAAUAUAACUAUUACAAUUGUGAAACAAGGAAUAUUUGAUACGUCAGCCUUUAAAAAACAAUAAAUACAUUUGCAUCACUUUAUAUUUUCAUUAUCUUAACAUUAACCCCUUAGUAUGCAUUUCUGCGGUGUUUGUGUUUAGCUGUAAUUUUCCUCUUACUCAUUUACUGUAUCCACACAUUUUAUAUACAGUUUUUCUCACCAUUAAAUGAUCUUUCUAAAGAUACCAUAAUUAACUUACUAUAAAAUGUUUUUCUAAAAUAUGAUGAAAAAAAUACUUUAUAACUUUGACCCCCAAAAUCUGUUACACAUCUACAACCGCCAAAAAAAAAGCCUGUGCUAAAUCUAUUCUAAAUUUUGAAAAUACCCAAUGUUAACAUAUUCUUAGCGGGGUUUUUUUGUUUUUUUGGUGGAAACUAUAGGGCGAUAAAUAAAAGUAGCACUUUGCUAUUUCCAAACCAUUUUUUUUUUCUUCAAAAGUUACAUUGUAACAUGAUCUGUCAGGAAUCCCUGAAUAACCCUUCACGUGUGUGUGUGUAUGUAUGUAUGUAUGUAUGUGUGUAUAUAUAUAUAUAUAUAUAUAUAUAUAUAUAUAUAUAUAUAUAUAUAUAUAUAAAAUAUAUAUAAAAAAAUUGUUUGGUAUUAAACUUAGGGUAUUUUGACUUUUUCAUGCAACCAUUUUACCACCAAUCUAUGCCAAAUUAAAAAAAUAUAUUUUUUUUUUCACACAAAACAAUUUAAGAAUACAUGUACUGAGAACUUUAAGUGUUACUGCCAAAGAACACCCCAAUAUGUGUUCAGCGACAUCUCCUGAGUACAGUGAUACCACCCAUAUAAAAACCAUCAAACCAUAUAUUUCUGAAAAGUAGACACCCUAGGGUAUUUUAUAUGGUGAAACAAAGAGGGGAGAAGAGUCUGCGCUAAACCAGAGAAGGAGCAGCAACCCUAUAAGGGAAUCCCUCAAGAAACCCUUUAAGAGACAGAAAAAUACAAAAAAGGGGGGGGUAAGGGCUGCGCUAAUAAAUAAUAAAUAUUGGAUAAAUAGGAUAUAAUCAAUAGACAAAGUUCGUCUAAAAAUGGAUUAAAAACAGUCUCACUGAUAUGUGAUGGUAUGGUAAUAGUCCUCAGGUGUUGAUCCGUCCGUGUGGUGGCAGAUAGUCCAUAUAUGUGGAAAUAAAAACAGAUAGAGAGCUUCCAAUAGUGAAAUAUAGUACGUCCAAAUGUGAUGUAUAAAUCAAGAGAAAAGUAUUCCACUCACAUUUGUUGGAGCUUGAACCAGCUCUAGGAGAAGAGGCACUUAGUGGUUUAAUCCCCACUAUCGGAUACACUUGAGUGAUGGGUCCGUCUGUCCGACUUUGGGUUUCCUUGGUGUAGGCUGGGACCUACUCAGAUGUGCGUAGUUCUUUGAUGCUGGGAAGAUAGGUCCGCCUCUCCAGUUUUGAAUAAUGGGUAUCCACGAAAUAUAUAAAACAGUAGAUAGUGCUCUCAGUUUGAACAGUAAAACUAUUUUGAAAUAAGUUAUACUUACAAGAAUAGAGCAGACAGAUACUGCUCUAUUACCACAGCGCUGGUGGAAUUAUCCCCACCUGAGGAUUUCUUUGUUAAUUAACUUUUAUUGAUUUAAAAUACACUUAUUAAAAUCAUUUAAUGGUUUUAAUAAGUGUAUUUUAAAUCAAUAAAAGUUAAUUUUGGUUAGCCUUUUAUACUAGGACCAAUCUUAUACUUAUUUUUAUUGUAUUUUAUACACUUUAACUACUCCUGGCACUCUCAUAUAUUGUUUUUAUACUAUAUUUUUUAUUUUUUAUUUAUAAUUAUAAAAAAAAAAAAAAAUUUUUAAAAACCCUAACCCUCAAGUGUAUCCCGUCCAAAGAAAUCCUCAGGUGGGGAUAAUUCCACCAGCGCUGUGGUAAUAGAGCAGUAUCUGUCUGCUCUAUUCUUGUAAGUAUAACUUAUUUCAAAAUAAUAGUUUUACUGUUCAAACUGAGAGCACUAUCUACUGUUUUAUAUAUUUCGUGGAUACCCAUUAUUCAAAACUGGAGAGGCGGACCUAUCUUCCCAGCAUCAAAGAACUACGCACAUCUGAGUAGGUCCCAGCCUACACCAAGGAAACCCAAAGUCGGACAGACGGACCCAUCACUCAAGUGUAUCCGAUAGUGGGGAUUAAACCACUAAGUGCCUCUUCUCCUAGAGCUGGUUCAAGCUCCAACAAAUGUGAGUGGAAUACUUUUCUCUUGAUUUAUACAUCACAUUUGGACGUACUAUAUUUCACUAUUGGAAGCUCUCUAUCUGUUUUUAUUUCCACAUAUAUGGACUAUCUGCCACCACACGGACGGAUCAACACCUGAGGACUAUUACCAUACCAUCACAUAUCAGUGAGACUGUUUUUAAUCCAUUUUUAGACGAACUUUGUCUAUUGAUUAUAUCCUAUUUAUCCAAUAUUUAUUAUUUAUUAGCGCAGCCCUUACCCCCCCUUUUUUUGUAUUUUAUAUGGUGGUAUUUUAACACUUUUCAUGCACUAACACAUAACAGGAACUGAUAAUCCAUGCCUAAAGUACAAUGUGAGAGGAAAAAUAAAAAAGACUACCCAAAAGUUUGACGAACACCCCAAUAUGUGUUCAGCAACAUCUCCUGAGUACAGUGAUACCACCCAUGUACAGGUGUCAGGUUCUCUGGGAGCUAAAAUACCUUAUUUGGAGGAUGCGCAUUCCAGUUUUCCAACUUGGAAUUUUCACAGCUGGUCAUCAUGCACCCAUGUCCUAUUUGAGAAAUUUUUUAAGCCAGCCAAUGUAAUUUACCUCCAUCAAACCAUAUAUUUUUGAAAAGUAGACACCCUAUGGUGUUUCAAAUGGUGGUAUUUUAACACUUUCCAUGCAUUAAUUCUACCAAAAGUCUUUGUGAGAAAAAUUACUACCCAAAAGUUUGACAUUGUACUUUGGGCAUUGAUUCUCAGUUCCUGUUAUUGCCAUUUAUGUAGCGCCAACAGGUUCCAUAGCACCUUACAAUAUUAUGAGAGGGGGGAUUUUACUAUAAAAAGAACAAUUAAAAGAAAACUUACAGGAACGAUAGGUUGAAGAGGACCCUGCUCAAACGAGCUUACAGUCUAUAGGAAGUGGGGUAUAAAACACAUUAGGACAUCACAAUCAAAUUAGGUGGGAGUGAAGCAGAGCUGGAGGAGAGUGCUGCCCUUUAGAAGAGAGCAAGAGACAGGUAUGUAAGGUAGAGGAUACUCUGUGAGGCCAUAAGCUUUCCUAAAGAGAUGUUUUUUUAAGGCACUUCUUAAAUGAUUGAAGACCUGGGGAGAGUCUUAUGGUGGUAGGCAGGCUUUUCCAUAGGAAGGGAGCCGCCUGUGAGAAGUCCUGCAAGCAUGAGUUGGCCGUACGGGUGCGAGCAGCAGACAGGAGAAGGUCAUGGGCAGAACAAAGAGACAGAGAUGGGGCAUACCUAUGGAUCUAUGAAGAGAUAUGAGGGGCUAGAAUUGUUCAGUGCUUUAUAGGUAUGGAUUAGUACUUUGAAUUGACUCCUAUAGGAAACAGCCAGUGUAAGGACUGACAGAGGGGUGAGGUGUGAGAGGACUGAUUAGAGAGGAAAAUCAGUCUGAUGACAGCAUUCAUUACAGACUGUUGUGGGGCAACACAGCUUUUGGGAAGACCAAUUAGGAGAGGGUUACAAUAAUCCAUGAAGGAAAUUACUAGAGCAUGGACAAGCUCCUUGGUAGCAUCUUGCGUAAGAAAGAGGUGGAUGCGGGCUAUGUUUUUAAGAUGGAAUCUACAGGAUUUGGCAACAUACUGGAUGUGAGGCUCAAAGAUGACGCCAAGACAGCAUGCUUGCAAGGUUGUAUUUAUGUGGAUACCACUAAUUUAAAGGGAAAGCUAAAGAGGAGGAGGAUCAGUAUUAGGAGGAGGAAAGACAAUGAGCUCCGUUAUAGAGUGAUUGACUUUCAGAAAGUGGAAGGACAUCCAGUGAGAUGGACAGCACGGUAGAGGUCCGGGGAGCAGAUAUUUGGGUGUAUAGUUGGUAGUGGAAUCCAAAAGGGGUAAUAAGUUUGUGUUACUGACAAAGAACACCCCAAUAUGUGUUCAUCAUCUUGUGGGGAUAUGUAUGAGGUGAUAAAUAUUAAAUAUAAUUUUAUAAAAAUUAUCAAAAAUUAAUUUAAUUUUUAUUAUAUAAAAAAUUGAUAUAAUGGCACUGUCCCCGAAUUUAAUAAUAUAAUAAAGCUGAGAAUUUCCCACUAUUUAAUUCUCUUAGAUCCUAGAAGCCAAUCAUCAGAGGAUUUUAUUCCACACAGUGAUCACAAUUUUAUUAUAAAAAUAUAAUUUAUUGUGACAAUAAUGAUAAAAAUGUGUAAUAUGCGUGAUAAUCAGUAAAUAUUUAGGUAUAACAUAGGUGUACAAAGUAUGGCAAUGGUUUAAACAUAAUACAGCGGCUAAAAGCAAGAUUUAUGAGAGGGUGAUUCACUUCACACAGAACACAGAAUUCCACAGAAUACAACAGUGCAGCGAGAAGUAAUAAAAUCUUGGCUAUCAGUUAGAUCCUGAUUAACUAUUCCACUGCUGGUUACAAUCCUCCUAGACAUAUAAUAUCCUAUUCCAUUGCAAUUUCAAUUAAAAUAAUGUUCACACCAGAUCAUUAACCAUUCCUGGAUCCAUUUCUUUUGUCUGACCACCAUCUGCUAACAUUUAACAUCUGCAUACCCUAUACCAAAAUCUCACCACCGUCCACUCUCCAACCUCGCAGAAACCUCAACUCUCUCGAUCUCCAGCACUUCUCCACUAAACUCCAAACACUCCUUUUACCCAUCUCAAAUCACAACUGCCCUAACUCUGCAACCUCACUCUACAACUCCACUCUCUCCUCUCAACUUGACAUCAUGGCACCUCCUACAGUUAAACGCAGCAAGCGCCCCCAACUACAACCCUGGCACACCAAGCUGACCCGUUACCUCCAAAAAUGUUCCAGAACUGCUGAACGCUGCUGGAGAAAGUCUCACUUUGCAUCUGACUUUGUCCACUAUAAAUUUAUGCUGCGCUCCUACAGCAUGGCUCUUUCCUCUGCAAAAGUAAGCUACUUCAACACCCUCAUAAGCACACUGUCCCACCAACCCAAACACCUGUUUCACACUUUUGAUGCACUUCUUCGCCCUGUGACUCCCCCUCCUUCCACCACCUUGUCCGCCACAAACUUUGCAUCUCAUUUCACUGAGAAGAUCUCUACAAUCAGGAAAGAGAUCUCUAAUCUUUCUCCAACCAGUAUCAAUACAUCACCCAACCCCAUUCCCCCUGUCAUCCUAAGCUCAUUUGCACCUGCUACAGCACAAGAGGUUUCUGCUCUGCUCCUGUCCUCCCGCCCCACCACCUGCUCCCUCGAUCCUAUUCCCUCGCAUCUCAUCCGCACUUUGUCUCCCUCUCUUGCUCUUCCUCUCGCUAACAUUUUCAAUCUCUCCCUUUCCUCUGGCACAUUUCCCUCUGCCUUCAAACAUGCAACCGUAACCCCAAUUCUGAAAAAGCCCAACCUCGAUCCCAACUCCCCAUCCAACUACCGCCCUAUCUCGCUACUGCCAUUUGCCUCCAAGAUCCUCGAGAGAGUUGUCUACGCCAGAUUGACAGACUUUCUUGAAUCCAACUCUCUGCUUGACCCCCUUCAGUAUGGAUUCUGCGCUGGUCACUCUGUCGAAACUGCUGUGACCAAAGUAUCCAACGAUUUAAUUGCUGCUAAAUCUCGCGGCCAAUACUCUAUCCUAAUCCUCCUUGAUCUUUCUGCCGCAUUUGACACUGUUGAUCAUCAACAGCUUCUUCACAUUCUCCGUAACUUUGGUCUACGGGAUUCUGCUCUCUCCUGGUGCUCCUCCUACCUCUCCCAGCGCUCCUUCAGUGUUUCUUUCUCUGGCUCUGCCUCUUCUCCCCAACCCCUCCCUGUCGGCGUCCCCAGGGUUCUGUCCUCGGCCCCCUACUGUUCUCUAUCUAUACUGCCUCCCUUGGUAAACUCAUCAGCUCUUUUGGCGUCCAAUACCAUUUAUAUGCAGAUGACACGCAAAUCUACCUGUCCUCCCCUGAUCUCUCUCCGCCCACCUUGACUCGUGUUUCUGACUGCCUCUCUGCUAUUUCCAACUGGAUGGCUGCUCACUUCCUUAAACUCAACCUGUCCAAAACAGAACUUCUAGUUUUUCCUCCCUCAAGUGCUGCUACUCCUGUGUCUGUCGCCAUCCAAGUCAACGGCGCUACUAUCACCUCUACCUCCCAGGCUCGCUGCCUAGGAGUUCUUUUUGAUUCUGAUCUCUCUUUUACUCCCCAUGUUCAAUCGAUAGCCAAAUCCUGUCGCUUCCAACUCAAGAACAUAGCGCGCAUCCGCCCAUAUCUAACGCCGGACGCGGCUAAGGUACUGGUUCAUGCUGUUGUUCUCUCUCGCCUUGACUAUUGCAAUCCCCUUCUCACCGGUCUUACAUGUUCCCAGCUUGCACCGCUGCAAUCUAUAAUGAAUAUGGCUGCGAGGCUUAUUUUCCUGUCCGGUCGCACCUCCCACGCCUCCACGCUCUGUCAGUCCCUGCAUUGGCUUCCAGUUAGAUAUAGGGCCCAAUUCAAAAUUCUGGUGCUUGCUUAGAAAUCCCUACAUAAUGCUGCUCCAACAUACCUAUCCUCCCUCAUACACAAGUAUGUCCCGACGAGACCCCUGCGCUCAGCCCAAGACCUACUCCUAUCCUCUGCCCGGAUCCCCACCUCUGAUGCUCGCCUUCAAGACUUCUCCAGGGCUGCACCUAUUCUGUGGAACUCCCUUCCCUCCUCAAUCAGACUUUCACCCAGCCUCCAUUCCUUCAAAAAAUCUUUGAAAACUCACUUCUUUAUUAAAGCGUAUCAAUUAAACUGUCAGCAGGUUUCUCAUCCCCCACCCCAUGACUCCGUUCCUUCACCUGUCAAAAAUGACCUACCAAGCACUCAAUAAACCCUUCUGUAACAAACUAUUUAAUUCCCCUACUUUAACCCUUUGUGUCACUAUACCCCACUCCCUCUAGCAUGUAAGCUCAUCGAGCAGGGCCCUCAACCCCCUCUGUUCCUGUACGUCAGUGGUCUGAUCUCAAUUAUGUGUCUGUUAGUCCACCCAUUGUACAGCGCUACGGAAUUUGUUGGCGCUAUAUAAAUAAUAAAAUAAUAAUAAUAAUCUACCAGAUUUUACAUUAGCCGAAUUUUAAUUUCCCUACAUAAGAUAUAAGGCAUGUGCAUGGGGAAAAUUUUCAGUUCGGUUCGGCAUUCCGAAAUUCGGGACUUCCGAAAUUCGGCAACUACGACACUUCGGGACUUCUCUUGCAGCCGCUUAGUACAUAACUCCCUAAUUCCCAUGGUAUUUCUGACAAAUUUACUAAUACUAAGAAAAAAUUACUUAGUAUUAGUAAAUUUUGCCCCUACUUGCUAUACCGCGAGUAGGGGCAUGUCUAUUAAACAGUGAGCAGCCUGUGGCAGCCCUGGCCCCCACCCCUGAGAGGCGGAUAGGGGCCCUAAAUUGGAAUAAGGGAGGGGACCUAAUGUCCUCCCCUCUGGCCCCCACCCCUGAACGGUCGGUGGGGGCCCUAAGUUAGAAUGGGGGAGACCUAAUUUCCUCCACCCCUGAGCGGCGGGUGGGGCCCCUAAAUAAAAAUGUUACCCCCCCAGGUGACUAGGGGUCCCUGAACCCCUAAUCACCCCUCCAAAAAAAUUAACCCCACACUCUAAAAAUAAUGAGGGGGGGACCUUUAACUAAGUACCUGUAAAAAACAUAAAACUUACCAUUUGAUGUUUUCUUUCUUCUAAAAUCUUCUUUUUUCAGCCCCAAAAAAGGCCAAAUAAAAAAUCCACCCAUGGAGGGCUCCGUGCAGACUGAGCUCUGCAUGGCAGGGGAAGGUUUAUAAAGCCUUGCCUCGUCCUGCAACUAGACUUACCUGUCAGUCUCUACAUUUACCUGUCACAGCACUCUGGUUGGCUUUAAAUCCACCAAUCAGAGUGCUCUGUGUCAUUUUACACAGCGUGGGAAAGUUCUUUGGAAUUUUCCCACGCUGUGUAAUUUGACUCAUAACACUCUGGUGGAUUAAGUAACCAAUCAGAGAGUAAUGAGUCAAAUUACACAGUGAGUAGGGGCAUAAUUUACUAAUACUAAGUAAUCUUUACUUAGUAUUAGUAAAUUUGGCUGAAAGACCAAUUUAGAUCUUUCAGCCUUUUAGCAGCUGGUAAUGUCUCUCCAAACCCCGGUCCCCUCUCAACAAACUCAGCACAUACUAACCCAAGGAUCCACACUAAUCUCAUACCCAUCUCUUGUUCCUCUAAAUCCUCCUUCAAUACUGCCCUCUGGAACGCACGCUCUGUUUGCAAUAUAACUAAAUCCACUGCUGUCCAUGACUACUUCAUCUCUCGUUCAAUAGAUUUACUAGCCUUAACAGAAACCUGGCUCUCCCCCUCUGACACUGCCACCCCUGCAUCUUUGUCCUUCGGUGGUCUCCAACUUACCCACACCCCAAGAAACUCUGAAUGUAAAGGUGGUGGUGUUGGGUUUCUCCUCUCCCCUCACUGCUCUUUUAAACCUCUUCCCACCCCCCCUUCCCUCUCUUUCCCAUCAUUUGAAAUACACUCAAUUCGCCUUUUCAAACCCUUCGCUGCUAACAUUGCUGUUAUUUAUCGUCCCCCUGGUUCCCCUCUUCUCUUCCUUGACCAUUUUGCUGCCUGGCUACCCUAUUUCCUCUCUUCUAACAUCCCAUCCCUAAUUCUCGGGGACUUCAAUAUUCCUAUAAACCCACCUUUGACCUCUGCAGCCAAUAAACUACUUUCAAUUACUUCCUCCCUCGGGCUAUCACAGUGGGCAAAUUCACCCACCCAUGUUGCUGGCAAUACCCUCGACCUAAUCUUCACUUAUGCAUGUACGGUAUCUAAUAUCUGCAACACUCCCUAUCCUCUCUCUGAUCACCACCUCUUAUCGUUUGCUCUCACGUACCCCCUCACCCAACAACCUCCGCCUAACCAGCCUCAACUCAGGAGGGACCUUAAUUCUCUUGAUCUCCAACAGUUGUCAGCUGACAUUGAUCCACAACUGCUGUCCAUCCCUUCCCUAUCCUGUCCUUCACUGGCCAUCUCCAUAUAUAACUCUACUCUUACAUCUGCCUUGAACACUGCAGCGCCACUCCAAGCAAGCACCUCAAGGAGGACCCGCCCCCAACCAUGGCAUACUAAAUCAACGCGCUACCUGCAAAGAUGCUCCCGGUGUGCUGAACGCUCCUGGAGGAAGUCUCGCACCCAGUCAGACUUUCUCCAUUAUAGAUUCAUACUGUGUUCAUACAGUGCAGCCCUUGCCCUUGCCAAACAGUCCUAUUUUUCCUCUCUCAUUAGUUCAUGUUCCCGCAACCCCAGGCGUCUCUUUGACACCUUUAAUUCUCUUCUUCGCCCCGCUGUGGCCACCCCCCAAACCAACCUUACUGCUGAUAACUUUGCAUGUUACUUCACUGACAAAAUUGAACAGCUAAGGAAAGAAUUCUCCCCUCCUUGCCUUUCUGCUUCUCAAUCACACAUUGAUCAUGCCUUUCCUACCCUUCAGACAUUCUCCCCAGCCACUGACCAAGAGGUGGCUGCUCUUCUUUGCUCCUCUCGCCCCACCACUUGCCCGCUCGAUCCUGUCCCGUCUCACCUUAUCAGAUCUCUCUCCACUUGUCUUGUGCCUUCUCUAACACACAUCUUCAACUGCUCGCUCUCUUCUGGCAUCGUCCCUGCUGACCUUAAACAUGCCACUGUAGUACCUAUACUAAAAAAACCAUCCCUUGACCCAUCCACCCCCUCUAACUACCGUCCCAUAUCCCUGCUCCCUUUUUCCUCAAAGCUUCUGGAAAGACUCGUCUUUACCCGUGUGUCUCAUUUCCUCAAUUCCAACUCUCUCCUUGACCCCCUUCAAUCUGGCUUCCGCCCUCUCCACUCUACAGAGACUGCCCUUAUCAAAGUUACUAACGACCUAAUCGCAGCUAAAUCCAAAGGCCACUACUCCAUACUAAUUCUUCUUGACCUCUCGGCGGCCUUUGACACCGUUGAUCAUGCUCUCCUUCUUCAAACUCUGCAAUCGCUUGGUCUCUGUGACUCUGUCCUCUCGUGGUUUUCCUCUUAUCUCUCCCAACGCUCAUUCAGUGUCUCUUUUUCUAAUGAUACCUCCUCCCCUCGCCCUGUCUCGGUUGGAGUCCCCCAAGGCUCCGUCCUUGGUCCCCUUCUAUUUUCUCUUUACACUGCCUCUCUUGGCAAACUUAUUACCUCAUUUGGUUUCCACUACCACCUGUACGCUGAUGACACCCAGCUAUAUCUCUCCUCCCCGGACCUCUCCCCUGCUGUCCUGCAACGUGUCACUGCUUGCCUUUCUUCCAUCUCUGACUGGAUGUCCUCCCGCUUUCUGAAACUCAAUCUCUCAAAAACUGAGCUCCUUGUCUUUCCUCCUCCUAAUACUGAUCCUCCUCUUCUCGCUCUCCCUUCAAGUUUGUGGUACCAACAUCAGCCCAUCCUUGCAAGCGCGCUGUCUUGGCGUCAUACUUGACUCUGGUCUCACCUUUGAGCCUCACAUCCAGCAUGUUGCCAAAUCCUGUAGAUUCCAUCUUAAAAACAUAGCCCGCAUCCGCCCCUUUCUUGCACCAGAUACUACCAAGGAGCUUGUCCAUGCUCUAAUAAUUUCACGCAUGGAUUAUUGUAACCCUCUCCUGCUUGGUCUUCCCAAAAGCCGUACUGCACCCCUACAGUCUGUAAUGAAUGCUGCUGCUAGACUGAUUUUCCUCUCUAGUCGGUUCUCUCACACCUCACCCCUCUGCCAGUCCUUACAUUGGCUUCCUGUGUGCUAUAGGAGUCAAUUCAAGGCACUAACUCACACCUAUAAAGCACUGAACAACUCUAGCCCCUCUUAUAUCUCCUCACUGAUCCACAGGUAUGUCCCUUCUCGGUCUCUCCGCUCUGCCCGUGACCACCUCCUGUCCGUUGUCCGCACCCGUACGGCCAACUCGCGCUUGCAGGACUUCUCGCGGGCGGCUCCCUUCCUAUGGAAUAGCCUGCCUACCGCCAUCCGACUCUCCCCUAGUCUUGCAUCUUUUAAGAAGUGCCUUAAAACCCAUCUCUUUAGGAAAGCUUAUGGCCUCCAAGACUAACCCCUACCUCACAUACCCGUCUCUUGCCCUCUCCUAAAGGGCAGCCCACCUUAUUUGAUUGCACAUUCCUGUCCUAAUGUGUUUUACACCCCACCUCCUAUAGAAUGUAAGCUCGAUGAGCAGGGUCCUCUUCAACCUAUUGUUCCUGUAAGUUUAUUUGUAAUUGUCCUAUUUAUAGUUAAAUCCCCUUUCAUAAUAUUGUAAAGUGCUACGGAAUCUGUUGGCGCUAUAUAAAUGGCAAUAAUAAUAAUAAUAAUAAUAAUAAUUUAGUAGAUAGCUCCCUAAUACCGUGGGCCAAGUAACUUACAUUUUAUAUAAAUGUAUGUUACUUGAUUGUUGUAAGUGUUGCAAAUGCUUACAGCUGAAUCCUGGCUAUGUUUGUAUACUUUUUAUUUAAAAUUGUAUACAGUGUAACAUUCUUCAUUCUUCCACUGGGUAAGUAUAUUAGUUCUUAGGCAAUACUUCAGCACUUCAGAACUUCGGCAAUUCGACCAUUCAGCAAUUUGGCAAUUCAUCUAUUCGGACAUUUGGGAGUACCGAAUGUCCGAAUUGCCCGAAAUUCGUCCGAAUUCACAUCCGGACCGAAACAAAUUGCACAUGUCUAUAAGAUAUACUAUCUUAUUUCAGAGCAAAUCAAUACAUCUGGAUAAAUACAGCGGUAUGCUAACUUAUGACAAAUUUAUCAUUAAUAUAUCGUUAUCUUACUCCACCUGCAGUUAUGGAGUCUUUAUAUUCUUUUAGUUAACUAAGAUUUCUAAUUAUUGAAAUCUAACCAAGAUUUAUCCAGGCAAAUAUAUCUAUUAGUAAAAUUUUUAUUAAUUGGAAUUAAUUAAAUAAAACCAGCAUAAUUACCAGUUAUGUUGUAGAUGUUCUUAUCAGAUGCUCUUCUUAUCAGAUGAAUAGAUAGUCCCAGGAAUUGAAUGCAAGUAUGAUUAUGUAUAGAGGUGUGCAUGUAAUAGAAAAGUGGUGUUGGUUAGAAAGUAAUAGGUGUCCAGGAAAUUGUUUAAGUUGUUUCAAGAGAGUUUGAAUGUCAGAUUUGAGUGUAGGCCCAGAGUGUCUCCUCAAUUUGUGUCCUCAAUCUGUCCUGGAUCUCUCCCCUGAAUUCUUCUCUGUCCUUAAAAGGGUCAAACUUUCUGUACGUCAUUAGUUGAUCUGACGAAUAGGAAACUGAAGGUGUGUCCACCUUUAUCUAGUAUUAUCUAGUUUUUGGUGAGUAGAUGGCGCCCUUUCAUCACCAAAAUUUCUUGUCCUGAAAAGAGUUAACUCAAAAUGAUGAUGAUUUAGACGUCAUUUGGCUUAUCUAUAAUGUCUGCUGUAACUCAAAUUUGCUGCCAGCUUCAAAGGAUUUCCCUAGUCUUCGUGGCGGCGAUUUCAAUCAUAAUUUAAAAUUGACACCUCCUAACCUUAAUUUCACCCUUUUUCUUACAAUUGGACCUUGUAAGAUUUAGAAAGUAAAUUAAUUACUUGGUGUUAUCUAUAACUGUUACUAGUGUCUGGCUUUCUUGUGUGAAGUUGUGUGUAAGAUUAUUCUACUUUAUUAACAUUAAGAAGAGUAUUCCAUCCCCCUUCUCUGUUAGACUCAUUGCCUUGUUUACAUAAAGCAUUCCUUAUCUCAGACUUGAAUGACUAGAGUUAGACAGAAAUUUUUUUUCUUUCUUAGCCUGAAAAUCCAAAAUGGAGUCAGCUUUGUUUUAAGUGUCUCUGGCAUUAUACACUAUAAAUUUCUAUCUUAGCACCAAAUAUCUGCCGAUAUAAAUAUACUGACAAUCUCCUGACUACAACAGUACCCCAAUGUUCAGGUUUUAUGGUUUCUUGUAAACUUACAGGGGUCAAAUGUAGGGCUUUCCCCUAUUCCAUGUUUGCACAUUGGAAUUUGCCAGAUUGGUAUGCUGGCCCUAUUUGUCUUUGAGACCGUAUGGCAGCCCAGAAAUGAAAAUUAACCCCAUCAUGGCAUACCAUUUGGAAAUGUAGACAACCCAGGGUAUUCAAUAUGGGGUAUGUCCAGUCUUUUUUAGUAGCCACUUAGUCACAAACCCUGGCCAAAAUUAGUGUUUAUUUUUUUUUAAUUUUUUUUUUUCAUUUUUCACACACAAACUGCCAUUUCACUGAUGAUAUCAGUAUAAUGCAUUUUACUGCUGUAAUGUCUCUUGAGUACAACAGCACCCCUCAAAUACAGGUUUUAUAGUGAUCUGGAAAGUUACAGGGCCAAACAUAAGAUUUGUCGUAAGACUUACCCUUGCAGUAGUGAGAGCACUGUUAAAGUGCUAUUUAUGUUGGAAAAGCAAGUCUUAGGGCUUUACUGGUGUGUGUAUUUGUGUUUAGCAAUGUAUUAACUAUCCACUUACUUCAGGUAGAGGGGGUUUUCAUCCACACUUUUUUCCCACCACAACUAUGUUGGUACGUGUGUGUAUAUGUAUAUGCAAGACGCGUUUUCGCCUCCCUCAUAGGCUUCUUCAUAUGCUUGUUGUCUUCUUGGUUAGUCAGUCUUUUAUAUGUCCUUGAUAAUUAGCUAUUGAUAUCACCUGGUAUCUCCUUUUCUGAUUUCUGUCUUCUCCAUAUGACGUCACUCGUCGUGGCACCUACUUUUUUUGUAUUUCCAGUAUGUCCAUAUUUGAAACACAUCUAUGCAUUCCAAUCUUUAAGAAAACUUUAUUGUUCAUGGUCUAUGAUUUCAAACUGCAGUCCUGAGAGUCUCUUUCAUGUGCAUUUAUCAAGCAUUUCAGAACAUAAGAAUGAAAACUCAAUAAAUAACAAUGUGGUUAAAAUUGACAAUAAAACUAUUUGAUGUGUUGGUAUUUAAUACAAAGAUAGUGACAGAAAUAUUUAUUCACUCAUAGAUUUCUAAACUAGUAUGGAGCAAAUAGAGGAUUGCUUUAAAUGUUCAUUUAAGCCUUUCAACAUCUGUUUAUAAUAGAGCUUCUGUGUUUGAUAUCACUAAAAAUAUAUCUAUAAAUAAAAGAAGGAACUACAUAGUAGUAUUGAUAUAAGUUUAAAUAAAAAUGAGGGGAAAUGGAUUAAGAAUAAUAAAAAUAAGAAUUUUUCUAAACAAAGAUGGGUGUUGCCUUUACAUUAACUUGUUAUAAGAAAUGGCAUAUCUCAAAAUCUGAAUUGAGCUCGUAUGGGGUGAGGGUAUUAAAGUUAAAAAUAUUAACAAAUUAGAAAAAGACAUGAGAUAAACUCCCCUCCUCUCCAAUCUUUUUUCACUGUUUUUAAGGCGCAACAAAAUAGGUCUUUGGGGUCCUGAUUAUGUGUUGUUUUGAAAUGUUGGGAGACGCUAUGAGUUUCAAGGCCUUUCUUUAUAUUUCGUAUGCGUUCAGCGAUCCGAACAUUAAGUGGUCGAAUGGUUCUGCCUAUGUAUUAAAGAUUGCAUGGGCAUUUUAAAACAUAAAAGUCAUACUAUAGGGAUUUAGCAAGUCAUUAAAGAUAAUUUAAUGUGCUAUUCAAAGGGGGUCCUAUAUGUCAGUAAGGUGUCUUUUAUAGCUCUUUGUUACCCUACAUAGGAGGCAGUUCCCACAUCCAUAAAAACCCCAAAGGUCUUUUAAAAAGUUCCUUGGUUUUUAAGUUUCUAAACAACUUGUAACUAAAAUAUUUUUAGAUUUUUGGUUCCACUGUAAAUUAUUCUGGGUUCAGGUGGGUAUAAUUUUGUUUAAAACAGGAUUGUCUUUUAAGAUAUGCCAAUGUUUUCUUAUGGCCUGCUGCACUUUCCUGGUGUUUCCUUUAGAAUUGCAGAUGAAAGGAAUUUAUUUUCUUCAUAGCCUCUCACCAAAAUUUGUUGCUCUAGAUGUUAUGCUUGUUCUACAUAAUCAUUUGCUCCAAGGGGAUAGUUCCUUCAAAUAAGAAGGAACUGUACAGUAGAAUUCGUUAGCCAGGGUCUGUGGUGAUAGCUGGUUCUGUUUAUGUAGUGGUAUGUGUCCACUGGUUUGAAAUAGUUCUUAAUUUUAAUGUAGGAGUAUUUAAUGUAGAUGUUUAAAUCCAAAAAAUUGAUCUCAGUGUAACUUCUAGUGCAUGUUAAUGUAAUUCCCCAAUUGUUAGUAUUUGGGGAAUACUAUUGCCUGUCCAAAUGAAAAAUGUCCUCUAUGUACCUGUGAUAGGACACAGAGUUUGCUACACAGCCAUGCCCCUGGUAAAUAAAGUGCUCUUCCCAAUAUGCCGUAAAUAGAUUGGCAUAGCUGGGAGCAAACAUCACCAUAAAGAAAGUCUGUAGAAAAAACUGUUCUUGAACCCGAAAAAAGUUGAUAGUUAAAAUCAAUAAAAUUUCCUCCAGUAUAAAAUCUGUUCUUUUUUAAAGUGAUUCCUCUAAAAAAUUGAAAGGAAAGAGAACAGACAUAGAGCCAAUGUUAGGUACACUAGGGAACAUGGUGUAACCCCAAAUAGAAAGUUGAAAAUCAAUAGUAGUGUGCUGGGGACUGGGAUGUAAACUGUUAACUCAGAGAUGAGUAUCAAAUAUUACUGGAAAAUCACUUCCAGACAACGUACUAAACUACUAAAAGCUAAAAAUAAAUUUUAUUAAGUUAAAUACACAAUAUAACAAAAGAAAUACUGAACGUGCUUAUGUACAGACAGUGAACAAAAAAUAGGUACUGAGAUCAAUACCGUGUUUAAAACCUCCCUAUCAAAAAUCAAUAGGAACUGCCAUAGAUGUCAUAUGCCUGGAUUAGAUGUGUCCCUAUUAAUAGUAAGGACAAUCUCAAAAUAAAUGCCAGUCUGCGGAGGACUGGUGAAAGAUUCACAGGCAGCUUGGAUUGUAUGGAAGACUGUUAAGGUUAGUAUGAAUAUCGGCAAAUUAGUAUCAAUAGAUGUUAAUGACAAAUAAAUAGAAGCUGUAGCGAGAUAAUGCUGGGUAGUGGAGCUAGCUGAUUUAAGUAUAUUACUGCACAUGUUUAUGUCUGGGUAUAGAGCUCUAUCUAAUAAUAGUAGGAGGGUAAGCUAUGGCAUCAAAUGUAUCCAGUUCUACAAAAAUCUAUAAACGGACAGUGAAUCAAUAGAUUGCUUAUAGUGGUUGUUAGUCCACAAUAGAGCUGGAUAUAUAGUGUCACAAUCUGAGUCUGGGUAACUUAUAUUGCCUACGAUAUAGAUCUGUGAGAGCUGUUGCAAAGGCUGUUAAUACGUAAAGCAGCUAUUGGUAUAUGCUCCUGCUAUGCAAUAUUGUCAAGUAGAUCUCAGCGUCUUAAGGUUGAUCAGUGAGUAGAGGGCUGUGGCAGAAAGUACUCCAGAAUGAACUGACAGUUGUCUAGUGCUAAAGCUGUAACCCCCCUGUGCCUUCAAGGGCACCUAACGCUAAUCCCGCUAGGCUACUACAACCUAAAUUUAGAGUAUUGCCAAAAAUAAGAUAAAAAUUUAAUUUAAUAAAUAGAUAAACGAAAUAGCAAGUCUGUGUGCUAGACUCUAAAUCAUAGGAAUAGCACACUAAGAACCCCUGACCUUUUUCGUGUCGAAUAAUGCUAUACAAUUAACUUAUGUCACAUGUGACCCAUAUAUAUCCUUCCUUCCAUUGUGUUUGUUCCAGAAUUUGUAACAUAUGGAUGGUAUCUUUUAAACAAUAUGGAUUUUUAACUACUAAUGGUUGUAACAUAAUAUCUAUAUAUUCUGAGACCCUAGCUGAUAUUGAGUCAAUUCCUGAUAUAAUAGGUCUACUUGGUGGGUUGAUUAUGUCUUUGUCUACCUUAGGUAAAUGAUAAAAGACUGGUAUCCGUGGAUUAAUCAUAAAUAAAUAUUUAGAUUAUUUCUCAUUUAGAAUUUGUAAUUCUUUCCCUUUCUCUAUAUUUAGCCUGAACUUCUCCUUUAUGUUCUCUAUAGGGUUAGAUGGUAAUUUAUGUUUGAGGGUCCGAAAGAAGUCUUUCUGCCUCCUUUGUAGCUAAUCGGAUAAGCAGCUAUAUGAGCAAUAGCUCUUAGUGGGCUAUUCACUGAUGUGCCUGACGACGUGUUCUAAAUAUGCGCCGGGUUCUUCUGCACCUCACUGUGUGUGUGUAGUUCACUCACUAUGAGUAGCACUUUUUUGCUAUUUUAUAUGCACUUUGUUACCAAAGGGUCAGUUGGUUCAGGUAGGUACUAGUGGGAUUCCCACAGUGCUGAGGUAUCUAGGGUCAGCAUGUUUGGCUAGGACUUUUGUUUUGUUUUUUAAAAAGGGGGGUGGGAGACUCUCGUCACUUUGAUUCUUUCCCAAUUGUUUUUUUUCUCUGCUAAGCACCAGUAACCUUAGCUGCUAUAAGGAUUUUGUUGUUUUAGCCCUGUCUGGGGACUUAUUCACUUUUUUUUGUGCUUUCAACCUGCACAUACUAUCCUGCAUCAUAAAUUAUUUGGUAAACCUCUAAUACUAGAGAGGACUAGUAAUCUAGUCCUGCCUUGUGGUAGACAUAGCUCAAUUAGCAGCUACCCACAUGUAUUUCCCUAGUACCACUGGUCUUUCUGGAUCUUUCAUGUUUGGUAGCCUGCGGCUACCAUGUAUAUAUUGGUCAAGGCCUUUUUUUUUUCCUUUUUGGUAUUCUUGUUUAUAUUGUAAAUUGAUUUGUAGUAAGUACUUUAAUACCCACAUGAUUCAAUAAAGAUUAUUUUUACAUCCACUGCCUUCCCCUCCUGAGGUGUCUUAGUACACGUUAGGUUUUUUCUGUUUUGGCUCCAAGGGGUUUAUGUAUUAGGGUUCCCCUGUGUUAGGGAAGUGCAGUCACAGGCUCUCCUCAGCACUGUUGCCCCACCUCCCCCUUGUAGAGAUUUACUCUGGGCAGUGUGCCAACAGCCCUGUUUCUUUCUUUUAACUAUAGACCACAAUUAAUAGCAUGUUUUAAGAGCACAUGACAUAUAUAACAAACAAAUUAAACACAGGGCUAUAACAGAUUGUUAAACUGUACUUCCUGUAUGUAAGCAUAUUGUAUUUUUGUCACAACUACUGUAUGUGACACUUUAUAUUUGUCCUAUUGAUGAUAUUUAAAGUUGCACAGUAAAGUUAAGAAUAUAAAUGUGUAUAAACAUAAUAGUGCAUUGUUACAAGUUUAAGUCCAUGUGCCCAUUGUAGGAAGUUAAAAAACAAAGCAAAAACUUAUUUUACUCACUUUUUCUCCCUCACAAAGCUGGUGUCCACACUGCAGUCGACCUUCUUUGAAGAUCGGGAACAUGCACCUAGACCACUUUGUUGACCUGAAGUCAACAUGAAGCAUGUCAAACAUCCAGCCCGCAUGCGGCCCACAAUGAGUAUCUUUGUGGCCCACGGCCGGAUUGGCCUACCGGGAUACUGGGAAAUUGAGCAGAGAAGAUUGUGGGGGCUUGACUGGAAGAUGGCUUAAGGUAGGGGUAGAGGAGUUUAGGGGAACCUUCCUGUAGUGUUUUAAAUGGGGAGGGCAGUGUAUAAGAGUGCUGAGAAGGAGAGGGGCAGUGUAUUAAAUUGGGGUGGAGGCAGAUGGGACAGUGUACUAGAGUGUGGGCUGGGGCCAUGUGAGGCUGCUUUUUAGAUUGGAGGGGGAAGCACAGUAUGUAACUUGAAGUGAAUCUUUUUAAUAAAAAAAAUAAAAAUAUAUAUAUAUAUAUUGAUUUUCUCACCCCUCUUGGGUGGUAUGCUUAUUCCUCAUUCUCGGGUCCUCUACCAGAGGCCUGGGAGGGAAUUUGAGGGUUCUGCACAGUAUCUUAGCUGUUCCUAGAACUGCACUAUUCUGGACAGCGAUCUCAGAUGUCCCACCUGGAAUCUGUUGAAGCCACUCCCCCCCAACUUGGGAGUCACAGCCCAGAGUGCUCCUAUCACAUCUGGGACUACUACUGCCUUCACUUUGCACAUACUUUCUAGUUCUUCUUUCAGUCCUUGGUAUUUGUUAACCAUCUCAUGUUCCUUCUUUCUGAUGUUAUAAUCACUGGGUAUUGUCACAUCCACCACGACUGCAGUCUUUCGUUCCUUGUCUACCACCAUGAUGUUGGGUUGGUUGGCUUGUCUGUCUGGAUCUUGAAGUCCCAUAGAGAGGUUUGUCUUGCCAUGAAACCUUCUUUUAUGCAUCCUCUACCUGUUGUUGUCUCAGGCAUUCCCUUAGCAGUUCACCUUUGUGAGCCAUCUUUGGAUGUACUUGUGGAUACUCUGUGUUUCAUCCAGGAUUGGCUGUGACACUCAUCAGGCCCUGGCUGGGUGUACAGUUGGUAUACAAUCUUUGUGUGCUGGAUUUUGGGUGGAAUCCUUCAUUCAUAGUGAGUAGUUUCCGGGUUUUGACAUCCAUGGUGACCAGUUCUUCUGCAAAAAAGAAAAUCUAGCUUCUACAUGGACUAAUCCCAAAGCAACUAAAAUGCUUAAUAGCUGAUUGCCAUCCGGCAAAUAGUUUAAAACUGCAUGUGGGAGUCACUAUGAUACCCAUAUAAGUACAAGGAAAGGUUUAUACCUCCAAACAUGCCAUCAGUGGGUAAUGUCUGUUAAACAGUCUUCAACCUGAUAACUGUCAAAUGACAUGCUCCCAAAAUGAGGAUAUGAAUUAAAUAUAGAUGUGUAUAGUGUCUCCCAUACCCACAUUGUGGAUCCAAUUAAAUAACAAUGUGGGGAGGACAGAGUGUCCCUUUCAUGUCCCCACAGUCAGGCUUCAAUUUUUAAUAUGAAUAUAGGGGGACAUUGUGUCCUCCUUCUCCUACCCAUUGGGGCAAAAAUUAAAAUGCAUGGGGGUGGGGGACGUGGUUACCCACAGCCCAGACCUGUGACCAGUGGGUGGGAACUCUAAUGAACAGAGAGAACCUAAUCAGUGGGUGGGGGCUUUAAAGUCCUAAUGGAGGUGUGUUGUGGCACUAAUAUUGAAAUUAGAGGGGGGCAAUAGGUUUCUCCAUUUAUUAAUAACAGGGACAGACAUAGUGUCCCCUUCUGCCCACACCAAUAGGCAACAGGUGAGUAUUCUAUAUAAAUAUAGGAGGUUUCAUCCUAAUAGUGAGAGUAGGCAAUGAAAAGAACUAUAAAAAAAAAAGAAGUUAUCUAAUGGUACGUGUGACUUUUUCAGCCCCCCCAAAAAAGCCAAAUAAAACUCCAUUGUCCAAUCACAACUUUAAAAAUCAGAGUGCUGUGACUGAUAUUACAUAGCACAAGAAAAGACACGAUUUUACAUUAUAUUUAUUUAGAGCCCCCAACCACUGCCCAUGGGUUAGGGGACACUAGGUCUCCCCUGGAGCUUUAUUUAGUGCUUGACAUCUGACCACGGGUGAGGGGACACUAGCUCUUCCCUGGAUUAUUAAUUAGAGCUUAACAUGUUGACCAUGGGUGGGGACUUCCGGGGACCCUCCCCCUGCAUAAACCUGCAUUUAGCUCCCCACUGAUGUUGCGUGGAGGGAGCAGUGCUUCCACUGCAUUUAUUUAUUAGCUCUACUUUGAGGCCAUGGGAUGUAGACAGUGAUCUUUCCAACACCAUUCUUUAAAUAGAAUCCCCCAUGGCUUUCUGACCAGACAUUUCCCUAGACCAGGAUCAAUUUAUGUUUGUUUUCAUGACUCCACAUCCUUUUUUUUUUGUUUGUUUGUUUUCAAAAGUCAUUGCUACUGCCUUUUCCUGUGAAACAGAGAUGGAUGGAUUAAUGGGUGGGUAAGAGGUGGUUAAGAGACAAGGGGGAUGCUUGAGAAACUCUCCCAGCUCAGAGAUUUGAGAGAAAAAAACACUGAUAACAUUUAUAAUAAGUUUAAAAACAUUAAAAAAAAUUCUUAUACAUGGAAAAAAUACGGUAUGUAAUUUAAAAUUGGGGGUCGUCUUGUACACAGAAUGUCCACUGCAGGGGUUAAAAAGAACACUUGUACAUGGGGCCUAAGCCAAGAUGGCGUCUGCCGAGUUUCAGUGUGCCACAGCCUACACACAUACCUGGCCUCUCCUGCCGAUCCACUUCUAAAUGCUGUGGCAAGGAGGAAGAGGUCAGCAGACAUCAGCACCUGCCACCAAUGGAGCUCAAGAGACAUGUCACACCAUAAAAAGAGCCAUAUUAAGGUUUACACCACCUCAGAUAGGUCUUGCUUUCUGGUUUAUGUGGAAGAAAUAGGGAUCAGGUAGCAGAGGGAAUAUAAUAUUGUGAUGUCCCAGCAUGUCCUCACACCACCUGCUGUAUUAUGGGAGUUGUAGUCUCCCAGCAUGCACUAUGGAGCAAUUAACUUUACAGAGUACCUUAGCACAGGGGAGACAAGAGGAAUCAGAAAUGUGUUGUUUUCCUUAGAAGUCACCUCUAAAAUUAAAAAGUUGUCAUAUUUGAUGUUUCAAAUAUUUAUUUCAUGAUUUUUGGCUCAAAAAAUAGGGGUAGUCUAAUACAUGGAAAAAUACGGAAAUUUGUAAGGUUUGAAAUACUUUGAACCUUUUCUUUAUGUUAGCUUGUAUAUUUGUGUGAAAUUGUUUGCUUGGUUUAACAAAAAAAAGUCAUAUGAUGUCCCUUUACACCUAUUUCCCUUCAUAUUGCAUUUUCUUGAUUAAAUUUCAAUGUAGGAUUAUUUUGUAAGUGUCAGAAAUGUGUUUUGCAGGAUCAAAGUAAAUUAAAAUGUAAUAAACAAACAAUUGCAAACUGUGCUUUUGAUCCCUAUCAAAUUCCUGAAUACAAACCAUGCUUUAUAGUUACCUAAGCAUGUCACCAAAACAUUUAAAUGCUAUCCACAAUUGCAUUUUGAUCAAAAGACACAAAUUAAUUAAUUGAUGUAGCUUGAAAUACUAUCCUUAUAGAGAUGUCUUUCAUGUCCCAUUUAUUGUCACUUUAAGCCUGUACAACAUGAGAAAGGGUAAUAGACUUCCUGAAAACUUACUUGUGUGUUAAAGAUCUUAUAAAACAAUAAAUUGUAGGGAAACAGGUAUACUGUAGUAGAUAAAUGAAAUGUUAGUAUAUUUACUUAACAAACUGAGUGACAACUUCCCUCAUUUAUUUAAAAUUCUAAUGAAAUAAUGUAAUGUGUUAAAAGCUCUUGAAUGUUCCAAACAAAUUAAUCACUUUCAUUAAUUCAUUUUUUUAAUGAUGUUGUAUUUUUAUAGUGCUAUUUAAGAAAACUUUUAAAAUCUUAGAAUGUUAGUGUUGUUUUUUUCCAUUAUUUAAAAAAAAAAAAACUAAAUGUAGAAAAAUAUUUUAAACCCAUAAUAGAAGAGCCAUUUUGCUUUUACUAUUGUAAAUCCAAUGAGGUUUUUGUAUUUGCUAUUUUAACAUAGAAAGUAUGUAUAUUUUUUUCUUUUAUUUUUUCUCUCUCUCAUUGUUUGGAAAAGAUAUUGGAGCUGAGGGGAGGUCCUAGCAAUGACUCUGUACACAUCAUGCUGGUCAUUGAGCUGUUCCGGAUCCUAAGGAACUCGGCAAACCAUACUUAUGGCCCAGCAGUUUGGGAGUUUGCUGAGCUUAGACCGUUCGGGGGACUAUCUAUUAACUACUUGGUGAGCACAGUGGAGAGGACUGCUUCUUAUAUUACACUAGCUAAGCUACAAAUUUCAGUUACGUACUACUCUACUGCCUGAAUAUAAUCUUAAUUGCUAAUUCGAUAGUUAAAGUUUUUAUACAUCGUCUAGUCUAGGCAGUUAGCCUUUUCGCAUUUAUACUUAUUGAUCUAGUUUAGCAAUUAAGCAUGUUAUUAUAUUCCUUUAUUAUUAUUCUCAAGCAUAUCACAUUAAGGUCUAGUCAAGUCAUAUUGUCAGUUUGUAUUGCCUGGUUUCCCUUUUUUUUGCUAUACAAUCUUCCUCCUCUACUGACCUAUUUUGCUUGAACAUACAAACAAAAAAUGUGCAGUUUUAUCAAUUGCCUUGAUCGUGUUUACUAUAUACUGAAUAUAUAGGCUUGUUCAUGCUGUUGAAUAAUAGCCAUGUUUGAUACUUAAUGCACUAACAAAGAAUGUUAAAAAAAUAUAUAUAUAUAUAGAUUUUUAAAAGUAUUAUAUUUCCUAAACAAUAUUGUUUAGAGAAAUUGUUUCUUAAAUUUCCAUUUUAAACCCAUAUAUAACUAUUAGGUUUUUACCCACAGUGGUACUAACAUACAAUCCCAAUAUGGAAGCAUAAUUCUCUUUUGCAAAAUAGUUAAUUGAAUAUAUCACAAACAUUGCAUGUAAACAAAAUUGUAUGGGAAUAAUUUAAGAUAACAUUAACAUUUCCAUCCAACUUAAAUUAGACUGAUCAUUUUAUAGUUUAAGAGAAGUGUUAGAUUAUUUGAUCUAUGGAAUGUAACUUUGCAAUAGUUAUAAUUUUGUCCAAAACUUAAAGUUCAAAGAGCAUAGGUGUUAGUGAUUUGUAUAUUGAGGAUCAAAGGUAACCUUAAUAAUCAAAAACUUUCACACCAGUUGUAUUCUGGAUACAUAAAAACACUGAGGACAGGGAUGUCCUACAUUCUAGACUACUUACAGAUUACUGGGCAGACAGCCAUGAGUAUUGAUGCAGAGCUGGAUCACAUUUUGUCUAUAGUUCUUUCCCUAGAAGAGGACUACCCUACAUUACUGCUUCCACAGAAUGUUUGUAACAGUACUUGUUCCAGUGGUGUCCUUGGGACUUUUCCUGACAUUUAUCCACAUGCUCCAAGUCAAAUGGCUCUUCAUUACACAGAUAUCCAAGAACAGACACAGGUGGUUCCCUGCUUAAUCUGGGGAACCCCAAAUGAGGCUCAGACAAGAAGAAUACUGGAUUCAAGCAGCACAGAUGAACUGAUGUAUGAAAUUCCAGGAGGAAAUAACGAUAUCACCCAUAACAAAAGUAAGUUUAUGCAGUAUAUUUUCUUCAUAAUGUUAAAGCUGGUGUCAUAGUUAACCUUUAUGACUUAUCUCCCUAAGCUUAGUUUGUUUUGCACAAUAUGUCUCCUUCUAUAAGAGUAUAUAUAGUUUAUUAGAAGUUCACUAUCAAAUAAUUAAGCAUUAUGGUGAAACACAGACAUUAUCAACAAAGUGGCUUACUUUUUUAUUCCCCACUUUAUUAAAUUAAAUUGCCACAAAUUUGUAUUUGAAUAAUAACCUUUUUUUAAAAAGUGGUUAAUCUAUAAACAGAGACGUGUGGUGUUAUGACAAGCAACUUACACAAUUAAGAUUUGUAUAGAUGUUUUAGGAUAAAAUAACUUGUGGCUGGACUUACUUAGUGGAGAGAUACAGUAGGUUUUCUAUGCUUACUUACUCUGUUAAGAAAAUCUCUGUGCCUUUAUUGUCUUUAAUUAGUUCACAUCUACUCUUCAUACUAGACAUUUUUAUUAUAUUCAUCACCGGCUUAGAAAGACAGUUGCUUAGAAAAAAAUAUAUCUGGUAUAAUUAUUGUAUAUUACAUUUAUAGAUUGUGUUCUCUUGUUCCUUCAGGGUCAUUUCCUGGAGACACUAAGGAGAAGGAAAGUUCUAAAAGGCAGAAAUGUGUGAGUGAUAUCAAUCAGCCAACAACCUCAAGGACCAGGUCAGCCAAAAGGACACAAUUCAGCGAAGAACAGACAACCUUCUUAUUGAAUCAGUUUGAACUAGACCCUUAUCCAGACUUUAUAAAAAGAUGUCACAUUGCAAAUAUAACACAAAUCCCAGAACCCAGGAUACAGGUAAUUUAAUCAUGUUUAUUAUAUUGUUUUAAUGUGCUACUUUGUCCAUUCUUAAAAAUUUAACUUGAUAACUAGUGAUGUCCCGAACGGUUCGCCACGGACUCCAGUCAGCAGACACAUUCCAGCCAAUCAGCAGCAGACCCUCCCUCCCAGACAACUCACGAAGAAUGCAGCUUCAAAAUGGAUGCUGUCCAGGAGGUGGAAGGGUCUGGGAGGGAGGGUCUGCUGCUGAUUGGCUGGAAUGUGUCUGCUGACUGGAGUCUAUGGCGAACUGUCCGGCACAUCACUAUUGAUAACUAAUGUAAGAGGUGUACAGGAGAAACAGCAAACAUUUUAAGUGUUAGUAGUAAAUUGUUAUUCUUUCAAGACAGAUUUAGGUAAUUUGUAUUAUGACACUUUUAAAACAGCACUUCUCAUAAAGGUGUUAAUAGAGUAAAAAGAAAAUAAGAAUUAUGGAUGCUUAAUAUCUUAAAAAAACCAAAAUAUGUCAAUAAUGGACGGCAAUUAAAAUAUGAGCAGUGUAGAGUGACCAAUUGCCUGUUAUCGAACACCACAAUCUGUUUUAUGUUCAAGUUCUGCAUGUUUGCUAUGUAAUUAUAUUUAAUGUAUUUAAACACAUAAUUUUUUUUACAUUUUUCUUAGGUGUGGUUUCAAAACAGAAGAGCAAGACAUCAUCAGAAAUCCAAGAAUCCAGACUGCAGAUUUGACUUUUGAAUAAAACCAGCUUUGACUAAUAUCUAAACUUCUGUAGAGAAAUACAAUAUGUGUAAUUACAUAAAAAAUAUAAGAAUAUAAAUGUCAUUCCCACAUCAUUACUCAGACCACUUCAUAAGAAUUUCACACAAUUGCUGUUCAUUGUGCACUUAUUUUAUAUUGUUUUGAUUUUGAAUUAUGAAGACUUUUUUUAAAAAUAUAUAUUUUAUCUUUUUUGUUUAAUUUUAAUAUAUAACAAUAAAAUAUUAUUAAUUUAUCUUGUGCCAAAGUUACUAUUUUAUCCCACACUCCCUAAAUAGUCUAUAAAUGUUUUUACUUUCAUUUACUGUGCAAAAUGAAAUGUAUCCAUAAAGUGUCACUCUAGCCUUAAUUUAUACUCCAAAAAUGAGUACCAUUCUACAAAGGAAUGCAUUUCUAUGCAAGCAAUAUUUUCACUCAUUACAAUUUGGAAUGUUUCCCUACAUAUUUAAAUUAUUAGGCCCCCUGAAAAACAAAGCAUUUUUACUCACAUUAUAUUCAUCGCCAUGGUGAUCUCUCCAUGACCUCCGCUGAGAUCUUCAGUGACCAGUGGGGGACUACUAUACAUGUGUGCAAUUGCAGCAGGACCAACCUACAAUGGCUGUGUGACUGCUGCUAGAGGUGGACUUAUGUAGCAAUGUAAACACAGGCUUUUUUUGGAAGAGGCAGUCUUUUCAUACAAAAAAUACAUUAAACAAUAGUGGUUCUGGUGCUUAAAGGGUUCCUUUAAGGUAAAAAUAGAGAUGUGACCAGAACAGAUUUAGAAAAUGUCUCUAAACCAGCUUUGUUUUCAUAAAAUUUUAAAUUCAGAUUUGAACUUGAAAUGUGGGACUUUUGCUGGAAGCCCUUUCAUAUAAUGAUUCAGAAUACAAACAAGCCUUCCUUGUGUGGUUCUGUUUUACUGAGAUAUCUGUAAUUUUCCUCAUGCAAAGGUCAUUUCUGUGAUGCGCAACUAAAUAUAGCAAACAUAAAAUAUGAUCAUUAGUCCAAACCUUAUAUAAAAAAAACAAAAAACACCCAAUAACACCACCAGUGGAAAUUUGUAUGGAGGUGUGUGCAUAUACCCUUUUCCACACUAAAAUUGUAGAUAAACACUCUACAAGUCUUUGUAGAAUCAUCAAAACAUACAAAAUAUCUACAAAUAAAAAACACAUAUAGUGUAGUAAACACAUCUUUAAUAUAUAUUGCACUUACAAGGUAAAAAUCAAAUGUGAUCAUAUCCUUGAAUAAUGGACCUCCAGGUGAGCUCAAGCAUCCAGAAACUCCAGGGCAUAACAAAAAUCAGAAUCAAAAACAAAUAGAAAUUAAACUAAGACUUAAGUCAAAUUGAAAUAUAAAUUCUAAGCAUAAAGCUUAGAUAAUUCACCUGGAAGGUGCAAUUCUAAAAUCUUUUUAACUCUGUCUGUAUAUGGAACUUUCUGUUAAUUAAAAAUAUUCAAUGAGCAUCAAUCUGUAUACACUUAAAUUGAAUUGAAUACAUUUAAUAACCUUUGAAAAUAAAAAAAAAAUGUCAAAUGCAACUGUAUUUUUAAUACAAAACAAUGUAAACAUUUUACACAUUGAAAUUUGCACAAACAUGAAAUAGAAAUGUUUUUUGCUUUUUCUAAUCUUUAGUAGAACCUUUUGUAUCUUAUCCAGAACCUCAAGCUAUCUACAGGAGGUAUGCAUCAAGAAUGUUAUAUAGAAAACAUAAAGACUUUAAUUUAUAUUAUCCAUUGCUUAUCUGUUUUAUUUUGUCUUCAAAAUAUAAAAAUAUAAAGAUUUUUAAGGUAAACUAUUUUAUUUAAAGACACUUUUCUGUGACUCUUCUUAAAGUUACUUUUCUAUUUGGGUGGAUGCCCUAUUUAUAAUGCAAUUCAGAAACAGAAGACUUAAGAUAUAAUCACUUUUCUAUACUGUUUAUACCAGUUAUUUACUCUUCCUAUGCUUCAUUUAAUUGUACAACAUUUAUGGCACAUACAUUACAACAGUAAUACACCAAAACGUCUAUCUUACCCAUACUACUCCGAACAUCCAUCAAGCAUUACCAAAUCCACUUUAAAAAAAAAAAAAAAACUUUGCUUCAAUCUCUAUAUGUUAUUUUUUUUGUUGUUUUUGCUUUUAUUUUUGGGUAAAGGAAUGGUCUUUUAGAUAUUGAGUGUAUAUUUUCAUCCAUUGUGGAACUUAUUCAAUUUGUAAAUCAACACAAAAUGCAAUUUAUCUUUUUUUUUAUUUCAUUUUAAAAUGUAUAAUUUGCAAGUUACAUCUAUGUCAAACAGAUACAUAUACUAAAUUGAAACUGAAUCUUGCUCAAAAUUAUAAUUAUAUUUCUAGAAUGUAUGUGAAAAUGAAACCACAACAAGUUUUAUAAAUAAAAAGGGACAUUCCGUCUUUUAUUUACUGCAUUUCGUCUGUUAAAAAAAAAAAAAAAAGAAUGAAUAAACCAAUAUGAUUAAGAAACUUAUUUUGGGGAGCAUUGUGUGUUGAAUGUGAACGAAUAUUAAUAUUAAAUAGUCAGGUUUCUUAUACCAAACACACCCUGUUGUGAUUUAUACUUCCUGAAAUAAACAAAUUACAAGCCGUUGAUACAAUUGUGAUAUAAAACAGAUAAGUAAAUGUUUUAGUUAUAACAUUUUACUCCCUGUAAUGCUGAGUUUUUAUAAAACAUUUUCAAUAUAAAAUAUAUGGAAAUUAUAUUUAAGAACGAGAGCAAUAUUAAAAAAGAAAGCAAUAGCACCAAAUCUGCGAGUAUGAAAUGUUUUUGUAUUUUAUUUGAAAUAUAUCAUGGAAGAGAAGUCAACUUUCUGCCAAAACUAAUUUUCCAUUUAGUAGAUUUCACUAAUUCUAAAACAAUUAAAGUAAUUGUACAUAAUUGUUAAAACAUUAGGUAGCAAUUAGUAACAAGGACGUGUGUGUAUAUAACAACAUUUGGCUUUUGAUCCUAACCAGGUCUUUAAAUAUCAAAUGCGCUCCAUUGUAACCCAAAAGUACAAAUAUAAAUAUGUAUGUGACAUACUUUGAGCUAGAAACACCUAGUGUUAGAAAUGUGUUUAUUCCUAGUUUGGUUCUUCAACAUAACACAAAUGCAAAUGUGCUUGAGUUAAUGAUCAAAAGAAAUUAUCCACUGAUGUAGCUUACAACACUAUUCAUACAUAUCAGCAAGUAUCUCAAAGGUAAUUGCACUGUAUCCAUACAGUUUUGAGUAUCAUACUUAGCUAACCCACUUAGUUAUAUAUGUAUAGGAGUAGGCAACCUUUGGCAGCCCCAUAUGCUUUGUCAGCAUUAUGUCUGUCUAUUUCAUACAUCUAUGAACCUUUUAUGUUAGUUGAGAAAAUAACAUAAAUGUAAAGUGCCUUAGUGGAUAUAUGAUUAAAAAUAGAUUGUUAGGUUUUUUUUUUUUACCAUGUGUUUACAUUUUCAUAAAUUAAAUAACUUAUUCAAUUAAAUUUAAUUCAACACAGAACAUUUAACUAAUGUAAUGUGAUAUUAGAUUUUAUAGAUGAUCUCUUCAUGGACAUACUUUAAAACUAUUUUAGGAAAAGUUCUAUAUUUUUAAAGAUUACAAAAAAUAUACAAACCGUUGGUUAGUUUGAAAUAAGACAGAUUUGUUGAAGUUUCACAACAAAGUAGUAAAGUAUAAAAGCUGGUCUCGUUUUAAGUCAAAUUCUGUCAAAAUAUUUUCCCUUUUGGAGAUUUCAUUAUUCAUAAAACAGUUUAAAAAAUAUCUUCAAUUUCUGAAUUAUUAUUUCUAAAUUUUAUUAAAAAAUUUUUCCAUGUGCAUUUAAUGAGUUAGCCACUCUCUCACUUAAUUGUAUAACAUUUCAUGAAAGUACAGUAAGAAAACACAUCUUUUAAUGUGACUAGAAUAUUUUUCUAUUGAACUCAAAUUCAUAAAUAUAGUGUUUGAAUUAAACUACAAAAGGCUGUAUAAAUAAAAAUAAAUCUGAUUUUGUUAUAUUUAUUCUGCUUACUAUUUCUAAAUAAACCUAGAUCAUGGAGAAUGUUGAGGAUCAAAGUGUGUUGAGUUAACACAAAUAAGUAUUUGUGUUCUUGAUUCCAUUCAGAUCUUGCAAUAUCAAAUACACCCUAUUGUAACCGAAAUGUAAAAUUUGGAAGUAAAGGGCACAUGAGUAUCGAACUAGGUGUCACUAAAUGAAAGUGUGUUGAAUUCUAAUACAUAUUAGUCAGAUACUUCAACAUAAAGCACACUCAAUUGUUCCUCAAAAAAUAAAUAUAAAAAUAUAAAAUUUUAACAGCAGUUGUGCAUGUGAUCAAAAUAAAUCAUCUAAAUUGAAACACUUACAUAACUUUUUCAAAAUAAAAAUGAGUAAAUAUCUUAAAUACAAAGUACUGAAUGAAGGGCUAAUGGGACGUUAAUUUAAUAAAUAAAUGUAAAAAUGAGGACAUAUUCAUUUUAAAAAUGUUGCCACUAUUGUGUUAGCUUUUAAAUCUGUCAUUUACAGUACUUGGUGUUCAUUAUAUAAUAACCAAUAAAUUGAAAAUAAGUGUGAACAUUAUAUAAAGGAAUUAAACAAUUCACUGUCCAUACUGUUGUACGUAUGUUAAAUCUAAAUAAAAUAUACAAGAUCAAAAUUGACUUUAAAUGGUUAAUAGAUCAUAAAAAAUAGUCAAGCUAUUAAAUCUUACAUGCCACAUGAAAUCCUGGUUUAUGGAAGUUUCACCUUAAAAGCAAUGGUAAAAUUGGUUGGGUAUUUUUUAUAUAUAUAUAAAAAAACUAAAUAUUUGAAGAGAAUUUCAAAUAUUAGAAUUGUAUUUUAUACUUCACAGAUAUUGUAAAACAUGCAAUAGACCUUGAUAGUACUGGUUUUGACCAUAGUUUCAAUUACAAGAGUUUACAGAGAUGUGAGCUUUAGAACCUCUACAUUAAUAUACUUUGAAAUGCAAAAUCUGUUUGCAUAACUGAAUAUGAGGGACAUGAAAGAAGAGUAUUCAAAUAAAAAAAUCAUAUAUUGUUCCUAUUUUGGUUCACACUUACCUAUUAUGUAAAUGGCUAUCCAGCUGAGAUAAAAGGAGAUCAAAAAGCAUAGGUGUUUAGAUAUGUUUAUUGAGGCUAACUUUGAUCCCCAAAACACACCUUGGAAAUUUCAGAUGUUCGCAGAAUAGAUAAAAUAGUUCAAUGCAGUGGAACUCCUUAUUCCACUGAGACUCUGGAGCAGCCUGCCAUGGAUAUUGGUAUUGAUGUUGAGUUGGACCAAAUCCUGACAACUGUUCUCUCCCUAGAAGAAGACUAUCCUUUGCCACAGAAUGAAUACAAUAAAAAUUGCUUGACUACUGUUCUCAGGGAUUUACAUGAUAUUUUUCCAUCAGUGCAAAAUCGAAUGCCACUUUUAUACGCGGGGAUUCUAGAACAGAAUCAUGUGGAUCCCUGCUCAUUUUCAGGAAUCCCAAAUAAAACAUACAAAACUUUGGAUCCUAGGAACCCAGAUGAUCUUAUUAACAAUUCACAAGGAACAUACAAGGGCAACAAAAGUAAGUUAAUAUAAUUAGCUACAUAUAUAUAUAUAUAUAUAUAUAUAUAUAUAUAUAUGUUUUAUGAAUUAUACAUUUAUUUUAGUGUUUAUAUAUCCUUUGUGUUUUGUAGGAGGGUUAUAAAAAUAAAACUUGUGUGUGUGUUUGUAUAUAUAUGCCUAGAAAAAUAAUUAUUCAGUUUUAGUUUGUAAUAUAUUAACAUUAUUAAUUUGAUGGCUACUUUAAUGCGUUAACAUGGAUUGAUCAGUUAGCAGGUUAGUUCCUGAAAAAUAAAGUUUUGCUUGGACAGUCUGUGUUUUAAAACCAAUGAUUCUAAGCAAUUCAUGUAUUUUAUUUGCUUAUUCUAUUCAGGGACAUUUCAUUCAGAAGAGACAGAAGGAUGUAAAAGACUGAGGCCGUUGUCAAAUAAGUAUCAUUCAGGCCCCUGUACUAGCAAAAUCGUGAAAAGCAUACAAUUCAGCAACGGGCAGACCAUAUGCUUACUGAAUCAGUUUAAACUGGAUCCCUAUCCAGACUUCGUAAAAAGAUGUCAAAUUGCAAAUCUAGCCGGAAUCCCUGAACCAAUGAUACAGGUAAAAAGUUUAUUAAAGUGUCAUUUUAUAUGUUUAUAUUUUUCCUAAAUUGUCUGUUACUUUAUAACUAGUCAAUGUUCAGAGCAUAUCAAUUAUAUACAACUCCUUCCUUCCAAUCCACACACAUACAAAUCUUAAAGGGAUACUUUAGUGCCAGGACAACAGAACUGUAUUCCUGGCACUAUCACUUCCCCUGCCUCCCCACUCCCUCACACCCAGUUGAAUAAAGGGUUAAAAACGCUUUAUACACUUACCUGAUCCCUGCGCCAAUGUCCCUCGGUGCUGAGUCAAAGCAUGCAGAAUAUGAUUUUGUCAGCAAAGCCCCUCUUACCUUCCCAUUUUUUUUUUUAAUAUUCAGGUAACUUAAUUUACAUUUCUGGGCUCAUCCUCUCUAACUCUGUCGGUUUAAAUUCUUAGAAGGGUUAUUCAGUAAAGGGCAACUUGUUGGGAGUUCUGUUUAUUUGACUACUAGACUUAUUCUAAGUUAAAGGGACACUAACGCUUUAAAGUAAUAAAGCUUUAAGCUCAAAGCACUUCAGCAGGUUUAAAUGCUGUUUAGAGUGUGCCCUCCUUUUUCAUUUUACAUAGAGUACAGAUUUUCAUAGAAAUUGGCAAUUGUAUUAAUAAACCUUGCUAUACUACCCUGGCUGUCAAACUGUACUGCUACUGAACUCAGUGAUUCUAAUCUCAAGAGAGUACCAUGAGUUCCAUGGGAAUGUUUGUCAUAGGACAGCCACAGUGUUUCAAAGUUUACACUAAAAUAGCCAUAACUGGAGACAAUUUUCUUUCCGUGCCUUAUUUUUUUAGUUAUACAAAGACUCAAUUCAAAAUUCUAAAUGUUUUCUUAUGGACAAAUGUCUUACUACAGAUGGUUUAAGCAUUACCAUAGUAAGAUUAUUUUUGUAAGGGUUAAAGUGUGCCAUAUACCUACUGAAUUAUUAUAUUACAUGUACUAAAAUAUGUAAUUAUUUACAGGUCUGGUUUCAAAAUAGAAGAGCAAGACAUUUCAAGUAACGCAAGAACUACUGAAGCAACCUUCAACAUUCACAUUUUUUUAUUUUUUACUUCGCAAACACUUAUGACAUCUGCUUUAUCAGUAAUUAACAAUUGUAACAUAUCAUAGUAUUUAACAAUACAUUUUCCACUGUCCACUUCUAAUUUCAAGUUAAAGGGAAAGUAUAGUGUCAGAAAAAAAAAACUUGUUUUCCUGGCACUAUAACUUCCCCCUUUGUCAAGGCCCACCCCAGUGGUGCAGAAGGGGUAAUAACCCCUUCUGUCACAAUUGGGUCCAGCGCCGAUGUACCUCGGCACUGGCUCAGCUCGCAUUAGGACCUCCCCAUAGGAAUGCAUUAAUAAAUGCUUUCAUAUGGGGAUUCUGGUGACGCUGGAAGUCCUCAUGCGUUGCGUGAGGACGUCCAACGUCGUUUAGAGGAGGACUUAACCCUAGCAUGUCAUUUUUGCAGUUUAUAAAAAUUGAAAUAAUUACAUGCUCGGGGUUAAGGGUGAUGGGAUGCUGCACCCAGACCACAAUGAGCUGAAGUGUUCUGGGUGCCUUCAGUAUCCCUUUAAGUUACUUAUAUAGGUAACCAAUCAGAGUACUGUGACAGGUAAAUGUAGAGAAUUUACCUGUCAGAGCACUCUGAUUGGUUGGCUUGAAAUCCACCAAUCAGAGUGCUCUGUGUCAUUUUACACAGUGUGGGAAAGUUCUUUGGAAUUUUCCCACACUGUGUAAAAUGACACAGAGUACUCUGAUUGGUUAGUUUGAAAUCCAGCCUUUUUUGGAGCUGAAAAAAGAAGAUUUUAGAAGAAAGAAGACAUCAAAUGGUAAGUUUUAUUUAUUUUUUUACAGGUACUUAGCUAAUGGUCCCUCAUUAUUUUUAGGGUGAGGGGGGUAGGUAGGGGUAAUUUUAUUGGGGAGAGGGGGGGUGACUAGGGGUUUGGGGACUCCUAGUCACUUGGGGAGGAUUUUUAUUUAUGGCCCCCCUCCCACCGCUCAGGAGUAGGGGCCAGGGGGGAGGACAGUAGGUCCCCCCUUAUUGGUAUUUAGGGCCCACACCCGCUGUUCAGGGGUGGGGGCUGGGGGGGCAAUAGGUCCCCCUUUAGUUUAAAAGCCCCCACUCGCACGUCGCGGGUGGGGGCUAAGGAGGGGGGAAUUUUAUUUAUUUUUGUUAAAUCGCUGAACACCGAACUCCAACCCAAACAUACAGUGAUAUGUCCGUGGUCCAAAAAACUUUUCAGUUCGGGUUCGCUCAACUCUACAUAUCAGAAUCAAUAUUAAGUCCAUACUUCUCAAUUAGUGUACCAAAAAGCACUGUCUCCUCCUCUAGGGUGAUUAGGCUAAUGAAUAUUUUGAUGGAUGAGAUAUCCCACACCUUGAAGGAGUUAAUAACUGGGCAUCCUGUUCAUAGAUUUGCUCUAUGUUCCCUUGGCACCCACAUGUAGAAUUGUGGUAAGUCUGCUCCAGUCAUUAGAGAUUUCAGUUUCACCCACUUUCUAGUUUCUUGGGGAAUGACCCAUGAUUAUUUGAAGGCUAAAUAAUACAAAUGGAGUUGCGGCAUACCCAAACUCUUUACUAGUUUCAAUCUAUAAAGCACAUUACUGGCUAUAUAGCAAUGUCUAUUCUGCCAAAUAUAAUUGUUUUUCACUUUAUGAAGUGUUGCUAGCUCUUUUUUGGUAAUCGUGAUAGUAAACGAUUGCAGUAGAAAAAGGAUUCUCAGAAGUAUAUUCAGUUUUACUGUUCAGAUCAUUCCCACCAAUGAGAUCGGUUUAUGUGUCAAUUUCUCCAUAUCCUACAUAAGGGUAUGAAACAUUGGGGUAUAAUUUAUUUGGAAUAGUUUUGUGGGGUUUGUGAUAAGUUAAAUUCCUAGGUAUUUGAAGGAAUCUUGUGUUAUAUGAAUAUUGUAUGUAGAUCUAACUAGUGCUGUGUCUGCAGCCGAGAGAUUUAAUGGGAGAACACUUAAUUUAUCUAGAUCUACUUUGUAUUCUGCUAUAACUUCAAAUUAUUAUAAGUGUGUGUUUAAAUGUUGCAUAGCCAUGAUCAGGUUGUCAAUAUGAGCAAGACAUCUGCAUAUUUAGAAACCACAACCUUGCCCCCAUUUCUCUACCCCCCUCUAAUGUUGGGGUGUUCUCCAAUGGCAUGUAGCAAAGGCUCUAGAAAGAAAACAAAUAGUAAAGGUGACAGUGGGCACCCCCUGCCUGGUUCCACAGCUCAAUGUAAAAGCAUUUGGCUUUGCCCCUCUAAUCUUACUCUGUGCUUGUACAUUAGUGUGUAUAUGAGGUAUAGCCUGUUUAUUUCAGGAAGUAUAAUAUAAUUUAUACAAUUUUAGAUAUAAAACAGAUAAGUUUUUUUGUUAUACAAACGUACUCACUGAAAUGAUGUUUUUACAGUACAUUUUCAAUAUAAAAUAUUGUAAUUUAGAAUUAGAGCAAUAUUAAAAAAGAAAGCAAUAGCACCCAAUCUGCCAGUAUGUAACGUGUUUUUGUAUUUCAUUUGAAAAGUACGUCUCAUUUUAAGUCAACUUUCUGCCAAAACAACUUUUCCAUUUAGUAGAUUUCAUUCAUUCUAAAGCAAUUCAAUAAUAAAAGGCUGAAGUAAUUUAAUAUAUAUAUUAAUUAAACAUAUCAAUCUCUCUGUGCACUUUUAAUAGCAUUAAGUCACACUUAAAAGUUAGAUUUAAAAAAAACUUCCAUAAACUAUUAUAUGCUUUUAUAUACAUUUUAUUAGUUGGAAGGAAACAGCAUUGCUUAUCAAUAUCAUGACACCUCUUUUCUUUUUCUUAUAUGUGCUGUGGUAGCCUAUUGGAGGAGAAUUUUGGUGGUUUGAGGUCUGAAAAUUAGUUUCUUGAUAGAAGGCUAUAUGGGCUUUGUGGUUUUUCGCUUCCUGUAGGGCCAUACAACAUUUGUGAGGGAAGUUGAGUCCCUUAGCGUUUGACAAAAUAUUUAGUGUCAUUUGUGUUUGGUAAUGCGGGCGCUAAAUGUGUGCUGUAGGCGAAGUUUAUCACUGCCAAGGAAGUGUGGCGUAGUAUGCCCCUUGGUUUCUAGUUGAGGUGUGGUGUUUUUAUACAACGGGGGUGUAUAGAGUUGGGCCCGCACUAAGUGCCAAUGAAUUUUACUUUGUACUUGUGAGAUUUGCGUUGAUGUGUCCUGGUGGCAUCAUGUCGCCUUGGGAGGGAGGGGCAACUGGGGUGUAACAAACUAUAUACAAAGGAAAGGUCUUCAACUUGAGACCUAAUUGUCCUAGUAUUUGUUGGGCAUCGAAGCCCUCUUGUGGGGUGGAGAGUCCCUUUUCCUUAGGGAGAGGUCUACCGUCUUAGGAAUUGUGUUGAUUUCGGUGUGGCUUUUUGAUGUGGGCUAGUGUAUGUAUGAGUCAUUCCAGGAUAUUGUUAAUACCCUCUUUUUUUUUUCUUGCACAGCCUAUGGUUCCUGUUGGGUUCGAUCGUGCUCCUGAACCAUAAGCUGUGUAUGUAUAUAUUGUGUCUGAAAACAAUGUAGUGUGUAACAAAAAUGGAAACAUAUUGCUGUUCUUACUAAAGCCUAAUAAAAGUCUGAGAGCGCUAGUGAACUUAUUUUCCAGAUGAGGGCUAGUGUUGGGUGUUGCUCCCAACUUUUGACUGAAAACAAGGGUAGCAGGAGGAGAGAGGCGCUUCACAUGACCUUAAUGUACCUGUUAUUCUCAUUUUGGUUUGAUUUCGGUAAGUUUUCAAUUGUCCAAUAAUGGCAGCGAUGUCUAUCAAUUAUGUCUCGCCAGUGAGUAUGGUUUUUUUACGGGUAUUUAAAGUCAGUGAGUAGGACUACAUUUGGUCUUAAGUCGUGGCCGUUGGUAGGCAUAGUUUCGUGAUAUGUCGGGUCAAGUGGUGGUGGUAUAUGUCCCAUAUCGGGCUUCUAUAUGUUAGUGUGUAGAUAGUCAUUUAGCUAUCUGAUGUUUCUAUCCUCAUAAUAUUGUAUUGGGAAUUUCCCUUGUACUGAUCAGUAUCUAUUCAGUAUUAAUUAGGGGGUAUUAUAACAUAAACUUGCAUAUAACUUUUAAUUAUAAAAAAAAAAAAGAGAGCAAAUGUUCAAAACCGUGUGGGUCAAAAGUUCACCACUUUUGCGUUCCACUGUUUUGAUCAUAGUGUAUACGCAGGUUUAAUAUGGGCCCAGAAGACCCUGUUUGGGGAAGUCACUUAUCUGUAGCUUGCGUUUCCCAGUCGGGGGCCACUUUCAUUGUUACUGCUGCUGGCGAUCUUGCAUUGUCCGUUGUGUCUAUCAUCGGUAAGUUCCAUUCCGCCAGGGCAUUUUUUCCAUCUUCCGGGUUGAGAAGAUGCUUUUCGAUGCCGUUUCUUCUAAUUAUAAGACGUGUUGGGAAACCCCACUUGUAGGGUAUGUCUGCCGCUCUCAGAGCUUUGGUUAUAGGUAUAAAGCUUCUUCGUGCAUUGAGCGUGGUUGCGGAGAGAUCGGUAUACAGCUGGAUUUUGCUAUAUGCCUCUGGCAGGUUAUGAUGUUUCCUAGAGGCAGACAUUAUAGCUUCCUUAGUAGUAUAGCAGUGGAUUCUUGUUAUGGUGUCUCUUGGUGAUGAUGUUGGGAGAUGUCUGGGUCUUGGUAGUCUGUGAGUUCUGUCUAGUAGCAAUGCUGAGUCUGGAAGAUCAGGUACCAGAAGAUGGAAAAGUGUUGUGAUAUUUUCCCAGGUAGUUGGGGCCGACAUCUUCCAGGAUUCCGCAUUGGCGUACGUUAUUUCGCCGGUCUCUAUCCUCGUGGUCGGCAAGUUUAGUGACAAUGGAGGAUAGUUUGGCUUCUAUAUUUUCAUAGGCUGUAGCCACAUUGUUAUGUGCAGUAAUGAGCUCUUCAGUUUUGUUUUCAAGAUAAUCCGUUCUGUCUCCCAGCGCUUUAACAUCUGCUCUUAUUUCUCUAGCCAAUUUGGCAAAGUCUGCCUGUAAGGAUGUCUGUAGGCCAUUCAGCAUUUUUUGUAUUGCUGAUUCAGUGGCUGGAAUUUCUCUAUUUGAGAUGGAGGUGAAAUCACUCCUGUCGGAGUUUGAAACUGGUGAGCCUGUUCAGUCGGUGUCAUCUUGUGUGCGGCGUGGUGGCGAGGCCAUAACUGCAACCUGCAGUGAAGGUGUUUCUCUCGCCUUUUUUUUUGUGGAGCGUUGUGCCAUAGCGUCCCGACAGUAUCCUGAUGUGGUUGGCCAGCAGGCUAUGGGUAGCCUUCUCUAUAAACGCUAUUAUAAUCGCUGUUUUAGGGUACUCUCUCCCACGUCCAUCCUCAUGAGCAGUCAGGCCACGCCCCUGCUUUUAUAUACAUUUUAAGUAAAUACCUUCAUGUCAAUGUGCAUACAUCUAUUUUUUUAAAUGGUUUAAUUGAAUGUGUUUUGUUUUUUGUACUUAUGAUUUCAUAAAUUAUAAUUUAAUUCAGCAAAAGCACACUUCCCAUAUUUUGAUAUCAUCUAUUCUGUGCAUCGUCUUUUCAUACAAAUACUACUAUAAAAAAAAAUAAAAGUUUUGAACAUAAAACAUGUUUUAAAGUUGAAAAUGUAAUUGUAGAAGGGAAAGAUAAUCCAUCUUUACUGGCAUAUUUUCUGUUUUGAUCACAGAUUCCAAACUGAAACUGUAUCUUGCUCAAAAGUAUUAAUAUAUUUAGAGACUUUAAUUAAAAAUUAAGCCAUAACAGGUUGUAUAAAUAAAAAUGGGGAAUCCAGUCUUUAUAACAUUUCUUCGGAAAAAAAAAAAAAAAGAAUCUCUCACUACCUUUGAUUCUCUAAACACUUUUCCCCCAUCACCUAUGCUUAUUCAAAGUGUGUUGCAUUUUAGCACAAACAUUGACAUUUGGCCUUUGAUCCUAGCCAGGUCUUUCAACACCAAAUACCCAAGAGUACAAAUAUAAAAAUGUAUAUUUAAUUAUUGAAUAAAUGCUAGUUUUUGGAGCUUGCAUCUUAAUUGCAAAACUUUGGUUCUUUAAUCUUAGUUUGAACUAGAAACACCUAGUGUUAAACACAGAUUUGUCAUAUAAUAUACAAAGUACGGAGAGAAUACUUAAUAUAAUAAUAGCCAAUUAAUAGGGUGCUAUUCCUUAAAGGCACUCCCUCAAAUACCAAAACAGUCAAUAGUAAAUAACAAAGAAUGCACACUAUAUAGCAUAUAGAAUCUAUAUCUAUAUUUAUUACAUAACAUAUACAUAUACAUCACAAAUAACAAUCACUGACUCACUAGGCAAUUAAUAUCCAAAAAUCAAUAUUUACCACAUUCCACAAUCCUAAAUGGGCAGAAACACGAGUCAAAAAAAACAAAAAACAAAGUUUCGGCUCCCCCUGGUAGCCUUUAUCAAGGGUAUCUAUAUCAAAACACUCACCCUGAAACCCCUUAUAUACAUAUAUGCAUGUACUUACAGCUGAUGGCCAUCAGUAAUAAUGUGACUAAGCGAGACCGGAAGUGACAUCAUCACUUCCGACCACGGUCCCAUUCACAAAAUACAAAAAUAUACAUAACUCGCCCACUGCCAUAUCCGCGCAUAUUAGUAAAUAAAAUUAACAAAACCAGAAUAAUGGUUAAUAAAAAUGAAUAGGCAGAGCUAACCUCUACCCUAAAAGAAAAAAUAGUCGCUUUAUCAUGGAAAUCCUCCGUACUAGUAGCUCGUCUUGCGAAAAAACUACGGAUACCCAAACGGUCCAAACCACUACAUAUUCCAACCGUGUCGAAACCCGCGCAUGCGCAAGAAAGGGCGAACGCCAAUCCAAUCACAUACAGCAUAUAAAUUUUAAAUAAACAGUAGUGAAGAGAUAACAAUAAAACCUAUACCAAAUGGCCAAUAUAGGAUCUAUCUACAAGGGGUCAUUCAAAAUGAGUGAGAAAGAAUGCAGUAUAGGGACAAUUAUUUCCCAACUAAUACUAAUUGGUAGUGAAACACCUCCACCACUAAUAAAAGAAAACCACAACACCAAAAAGUGUGCAAAAAUAUACACCAUCUCAUUUAUUUGUAUGAUCUACUAUAUUGUAUAUCCUUAAGCUUAAAUAGCACAAAAUAAUCAUACAUAUUUUUUAUAUUUUUAACCAUGACACACUAGACUGUAUGAUCUUCGACCAAAAAAGGAUGAAUUGAUCACACACAUAAAUUCAAAAAUUACCUCUCCAAUAUAUUUCAUAUUAAGCAAUACAAAUUACAUAUAUUCAGUAACAUAAUAUAACAUAUUAGCAAAUUACAUAGAUACCAACUAAACAAAAUACAUGUAUAGGUUCGUAAGGACUCCAUUGAUUGCAACCAUGUUAAAAAAAAUCACAUUUUUUUCAGAGCUUAAUGCAGGCUAAAUUUCUUCUUUGCCAACGAUUAUACAUAAGGUGAUCCAAUUCCAAUUGUGAUGAAUUCCGAUUCCAUCCUUAAGUCCGAUUACUGCCAUCAAUCCAUGCGUCCACUAUAUCAAAUAUUCAAAUGGAUAUCAAUAUGAGAUCUAAACAAAAUAAACAAUAAUUAAAAACAAUACUAAUGAUAUAAACACUAUACAGGCAGGGUGAAUGAACCAACUUCACAAUGUGAAUCUACAAAGACGGAGAGAGAGGUCACGUUCCUCAUUAGGGAACAAAACCUGUAACUCAUAAAUCCAAUACAGUUCACGUUGUUUCAAUAACAUUUCUCUCGAACCACCUCUUCUCAAGGGUUUCACUACCUCCAAAAUCAAAUACCUCAACUGUGAAACAGUAUGCCGCAUUUCUAAAAAGUGCCGGGCCACUGGGUAUUGAAUCUUACCAGUUCGAAUACUACUCUUAUGCUCCCUAAUCCUAGUGGUGAACUUCCUCGUAGUCUCACCAACAUAGGCCAAGCCACAGGGGCAUUUCAACAUGUACACUACAAAUUCCAUUUGACAAUUACAAUAAUCUCUAAUAGAAUAUUUCUUCCCUGUCCUGGGAUGAAAAAAGGAAUCCCACAAGAUCACACCAUUACAGUUCACACAGUUUCUGCAUCUAUACAUACCAACAGGCAUCUUAAGCCAGGAUUCCUUAAUCCCAGUCAUUUCUUGGACAUCCACAUUGCGCAUUAGAUGAUCUCGAAGAUUUUUGUGUCUUUUAAAAGAGAACAAAGGUUUUUCAUUAAAACAAGUCCUUAUUUUAGGAUCAGACUGUAGUAUUUUCCAAUGCUGGUUCACAAUGUGCUUAAUUUCCCUGGAGUGUUCCGAGUAGGUUGUUACACAUGGAAUCCUAAUAUUCUUAUCCUUGACUUUUUUAACCAAUAGCUGUUCCCUAGGCAACAGUUUAGCCUUAUUCUUUCAAUUAAUCAAAGCAUUCAUCUCGUAACCCCUUGAAGCGAACACCUUCACUAAUUCUUCUGCACGUCUAUCGUAGUCAUUAUCUCGUGACACUAUCCACCUUGUUCUAAUAAAUUGCCCAUAGGGUAGUUGUUGCAAAAAAUGUGAUGGAUGAAAGCUGCUAGCAUGCAGGUAUGACGCCGGAUCAGUGGGUUUCUGAUAGAGAUCAAACCUCAAUUGCCCAUCACUUACCUCCAUAGAUACAUCCAAAAAAUGCAUUUUGUGCGCAUCAUAUUACAUAGUAAAAGAUAGUGUCCAAUCUGUUAUCCAAUCUUUCCUUAAAACAAAGCAAAUUUUCCACAGUUCCUGUCCAAAAAAAGAAAAUAUCGUUGUAACGGACCGUUUUGCACACAAGGGGUAAAAACCGCUUAGACGAUAAUCCCCCUUUUAGAGACAGGCACAGCUACUGUAGAAUCACCAAAACUCAAGAACCGCCAAUAAGUGAAUGCUCCAAACUCCCGAACGGCAUACAAGGGAAUAAGGUAGCACUUCAAAUAAACGAACAGGAACCAUACGAAUAGCUACUAGCAGACGAACAGGAAAAGCUUCCCAGCGGCUUACACUCCUGGCAAUCAGUCCUUAGCAGCAUACAGUAAAUCCCCCCAAAGACGAGACAAGGCUCCGUGUUGAGGGUCAAGCAGUGGUCUGAGGUGCUGGCACACCCAGCCUGGUUUUUAUUACAGUCUUGCAAAUACAGGACCGCCCACAGGGAGGUAUAAAACAACCAAUCACAUCACAGUUACAUCCCACAUAUUCCCUCCCCUUAUCCUGAGAGGAAACUCAAUUAUACAUACAGUUAAAACAUACUUUCUACCCAACUUUCAUAACUCUAAAACCAUACAUCACAUUCACAUAAAAUUACAUAUGCACAAUCAAUCCAUUCAGGGGAACAACAUAUUCAAAAAUGGCACAAAUCAGACAAGGGGUUCAAAAGUUAGUAAAAAGUCCUUUGUGACUAAAUGAAGCAUGGCUUUCUGGCCCAAACCAGUUUCAGAGUCUUCUAUCCUGGAGAGUAAUUCAAUUAUCUCCCAGGACAGACACAAGACUCCAUUAAGCACAUGGUUGCAAAAAGACACAAAACACUUUAAAAUACAUAAAGUCACAUUUAUUACAUAAAACACAGACAUGUAACAUAUCCCCAGAUAGCUCAGGUCCGAGCGCACAUUAUUAAGUGAAUGGCGCUCAGACCACACGAAUACAGUUUAAUCGCCAUGGAGCCAAAGUCUCUACAGUCAGUUUCAUACAAAUGGGCUCCAUGGGAUUGCUAUCUGGGGUAUAACACAUUCAAACAAAUCUACUGAACCCCAGGCAGAAAAGCACGAAUACAGCUUUUCUGCAGGCAAAAAUAAAGUCUUUUAAAAGGGGGCCAUAGUCCAAAGGCAGCAGGCGAGCAACCAGGCUUCUCCAAUGCAAUGUGGCGAGAUUGGUCUCGUCACAUCUCUCCCCUUUUCCAAACAGACUAACAGGGUAUCUGACCUCCUGCCGGUCAGUGCCCUUGUUAGUCCAGCAGCCCACCCACAAAAAUAAUCAACAGCACAGCCCACCCACAAUAAAUGGUUACUACACCUGGGUAAAGGAGAAGCUUGUCCAUGUCCAGGUGCCUCACCACGGCUGUGCUGGGUACGGGUACGCUGACUUGGUGGGUUGCUGCGUGGGCAGAGACCAGCGGCACUCUGCCCUGUUGCCAGCGCUACUGGGAGGGUAGCCUGGUGGAAGCCUGGUUGUUGGAGGGGGAGACCGACUGUCUCCCCUUUAAAUACACCGCUCUGCUGCUGCUGCUGGAGACUGACUGUCUCCCCUUUAGAUGCACAGUCCUGCUGCUGGAGACUGACUGUCUCCCCUUUAGAUGCACAGUCCUGCUGCUGGAGACCGACCGUCUCCCCUUUGGUUACCCAUCUCUGCUGCUGGAGGGGGAGACCGACUGUCUCCCCUUUGGCUAAACAGCCCUGUCGCUGGGGGGCAGGACCGACCGUCCCUACCCCCUGUGCUGGCAGUGUAGAGACUACGGUCCCAUCUGCACCGUUGUGGGGCUUACUGUCUCCCCCUGGUACAUUAAGCUGCCGCUGGGGAGAGGGGGUAACAAGCUCCUCUCCCAUACAUACUUCCAGCUGCGGGGGAGGGAGACCGACUGUCUCUGCUCCCAAUACAGAGUCCUGCUGCUGGGGAAAGGAGACUGGGCUCUCUAUUCCCGGUAGGACACUCUGCCGCUGGGGAAUGGAGACGGGGCUCCCAAUUCCCAAUGAUCUGUGCUGCCGCUGGGGAAUGGAGACUGGGCUCCCAAUUCCCAAAGCAUCAUACUGUCGCUGGGGAAUGGAGACUGGGCUCCCAAUUCCCAAAAAAUCACGCUGCCGCUGGGGAGGGAGGACACUGCUCUCCUCUCCCUGGACUUCACACUGCCUUCCCGGCAUAUCACUUGGCUGCUGGGGGGCAGGAACAACUACCUCUGCCCCUGUAACUCAGCCUGCCGCUGGGGAGGGAGGACACUACUCUCCUCUCCCUGCACUUCACACUGCCUUCCCGGCAUAUCACUCUGCUGCUGGGGGGCAGGAACAACUACCUCUGCCCCCUGUAACUCAGCCUGCCGCUGGGGAGGGAGGACGCUGCUCUCCUCUCCCUGCACUUUACGCUGCCUUCCCGGCAUAUCACUCUGCUGCUGGGGGGCAGGAACAACUACCUCUGCCCCCUGUAACUCAGCCUGCCGCUGGGGAGGGAGGAUACUGCUCUCCUCUCCCUGCACUUUACACUGCCGCUGGGGAAUGGAGACUGGGCUCCCAAUUCCCAAUAAAUCACGCGGCCGCUGGGGAAUGGAGACUGGGCUCCCAAUUCCCUGCAGGACCGGUGGAGAGACCUCGGUCCCAUCUCUACCGGCCACCUGGGGUUCUUCCCAGUAAAACUGUACCAUCUCGUCCCCUCUGAAUGGGUCUGGCUCUGGGUCUGUCAUGCUGCUCUCCCGCUGCGCCUUCUCACUGUAUUGGAACAGCUGCUGGUAGCCCUGUUCUAGCUCCAUCUCCCGGGUUACCAGGUGGACCAGGUCUUGCUCAAUUUCGUGAGUGUCGUCCCAGUCAUACCUGCUCUCCCUCCACUCCAAGAGAUCACUGAACCGGGCUUGUGUAGGGCUCCCAAAUUCGAGCUCUGAAAAUGACUCCCAUAACAAGCCAGGACCAUCAAACUCCUCUCCCUCUGGCUUGUCAUGCUCGGCUGUCCAGGGUAGGUACUGUGCCCCAUACCACCAGAGCGCCUGGUAGGCAUCUUCCAGCCAAAUCUCCUGCCAUACCCGGUGCUCCAAUUCCUUCACCCAUUCAUCCAGGGGCUGUUCUCCCAGGAAGGGCAUCCGCAGGGCUACUCGCUUCUGCAACCGCUGGUCUUCCUUGGGGAGUCUCUUGCCCCGCUGGUACUCCACAAUACCCAGUGCCUGGUACCAGAUGCCUUUACGGACUGCAUCUCGGUCAUCCAUGGCACCCUCGUCAUACUCCACUGCUGGUUCCAUGCUGGUGCUGUCAGGGUCGCUGUACUGGGACAUGCGUUGCCCUCAAAUUGUAAAAUCCAAAGAAAUGGUGUCUCCUGUAGCUGUCCUUCUGGUCUGUAGGAACGAUCCCGCCGCUUGCCACCAAUUGUAACGGACCGUUUUGCACACAAGGGGUAAAAACCGCUUAGACGAUAAUCCCCCUUUUAGAGACAGGCACAGCUACUGUAGAAUCACCAAAACUCACGAACCGCCAAUAAGUGAAUGCUCCAAACUCCCGAACGGCAUACAAGGGAAUAAGGUAGCACUUCAAAUAAACGAACAGGAACCAUACGAAUAGCUGCUAGCAGACGAACAGGAAAAGCUUCCCAGCGGCUUACACUCCUGGCAAUCAGUCCUUAGCAGCAUACAGUAAAUCCCCCCAAAGACGAGACAAGGCUCCGUGUUGAGGGUCAAGCAGUGGUCUGAGGUGCUGGCACACCCAGCCUGGUUUUUAUUACAGUCUUGCAAAUACAGGACCGCCCACAGGGAGGUAUAAAACAACCAAUCACAUCACAGUUACAUCCCACAUAUUCCCUCCCCUUAUCCUGAGAGGAAACUCAAUUAUACAUACAGUUAAAACAUACUUUCUACCCAACUUUCAUAACUCUAAAACCAUACAUCACAUUCACAUAAAAUUACAUAUGCACAAUCAAUCCAUUCAGGGGAACAACAUAUUCAAAAAUGGCACAAAUCAGACAAGGGGUUCAAAAGUUAGUAAAAAGUCCUUUGUGACUAAAUGAAGCAUGGCUUUCUGGCCCAAACCAGUUUCAGAGUCUUCUAUCCUGGAGAUAAGUAAUUCAAUUAUCUCCCAGGACAGACACAAGACUCCAUUAAGCACAUGGUUGCAAAAAGACACAAAACACUUUAAAAUACAUAAAGUCACAUUUAUUACAUAAAACACAGACAUGUAACAUAUCCCCAGAUAGCUCAGGUCUGAGCGCACAUUAUUAAGUGAAUGGCGCUCAGACCACACGAAUACAGUUUAAUCGCCAUGGAGCCAAAGUCUCUACAGUCAGUUUCAUACAAAUGGGCUCCAUGGGAUUGCUAUCUGGGGUAUAACACAUUCAAACAAAUCUACUGAACCCCAGGCAGAAAAGCACGAAUACAGCUUUUCUGCAGGCAAAAAUAAAGUCUUUUAAAAGGGGGCCAUAGUCCAAAGGCAGCAGGCGAGCAACCAGGCUUCUCCAAUGCAAUGUGGCGAGAUUGGUCUCGUCACAAUCGUCUAUAUAGCGCACCCAGGUGAAUACAAACUGUACAAAGAGUGGAUCAGAAUACACAAAUUCUUCUUCAAACGCUGCCAUAAAUAGAUUGGCAUAUGUAGGGGCCACAUUAGACCCCAUCGCAGUGCACUGUAUCUGUAAGUAAAACUUGCCUCCAAAUGUAAAAUAGUUCUUAUGAAGUACCAGCGCUAAUAAUUCCAACAAGAAAUCUUUAUAUGCCUCACUCAUAUCUAGUGUUUGCAUAGCUGCAAACACUGCUUCAAUACCCUCCUCAUGUGGUAUAGACGUAUAAAGACUAUUAAUAUCCAUAGUGCACAAAAGCGCACCUUCAGGAAUAACGCUAACACGCUCCAAUUUCUUAAUGAAAUCUGUUGUAUCCUGUACGAAUGAACGCAUGUUACAAACCAGAGGUUGCAAGUGUAUGUCGACAAAUUUUGAUAGUGGCUGUAAUACUGAUCCACACCCUGAUAGUAUAGGACGACCUGGUGGGUGCCUCAAAUUUUUGUGUAUCUUAGGGAGCAGAUAGAUAAAUGGGAUUUUCGGGUAAUCAGUAUUCAAAAAAUUAAAGUCCCUUUUCUCAAUCAAUCAAUUUAUUUUCCAAAGCAAUCCCGGUUAUUACCUUGAUUUUCUCUUUCAACUCACCGGUAGGGUCUUGCUCCAAAAUCCUAUAAUGACGAUCACUAGUCAAUUGGCGAUCAUUUUCUGCAACAUAUUCACUGGUAUCCAUCACUACUAGUGCUCCUCCCUAAUCCGCUGGCCUUAUUGAAAUAGUAGUAUAAUUUUUCAAUCCCAUAAGUGUAGUAUACUCUUGUCCACUUAAAUUCAAAUUCCCUUUCCUUUUCCAAUUGAUUUUGUCUAUAUCCAUCUGACACAAUUUGAUAAAUGUCUCCACAAUGGGAUUGAUUGAAGGGGGGAGAAACAUACUUUUAGGCUUACAUUUUUGUCUAUCAAAUUUGGAAGAUUCGGCCAUUAUAACCCCUUCCUGAGCUGCAGGGGUAUCCUGUAAAUGAAAGAAACUUUUUAAAUGUAUAGUCUGAAAAAAAGUUCCAUCUCUAUAUCCAUGGAGAGUUUAUCACCACCAAAAGUAGGUACGAACCCAAAUCCUUUCUCCAAAAGACUCACAUGGGCCAGAGAUAAUACUUUACUGGAGAUAUUCACUACCAGUGUUUCCGCUGGUGACUCAUGCGCCCUGGAUACCUCCUCUUGGGAUCGAUCGCAGUUGGAGUCGACCUGUUCGUAUCUCCUUGUCCUCUUGCCAAGUCUCCUCUUGGAGGUUCUCCUAAAAAAGCAUUCUUUCCAGGUCCGGAUUCCCCAGACGAAACUUCUGAGUCCAACACACUAGUAUCAGAAUUGUCCUUAUUACGCCUUUGAAAAUAACGUACAGGACGUGAAUUCCGCCAAGUAUAUACUUUAUCCUCCAAAUAAUCCAUGGUAUCCCUCCGAAAUGUAUCCAAUUUUCUUUCUAGAAUUUCUUCCCUAUAUUUCGGUAAAUUAACUGAUAUAGUGGCAAGUUUCCCUUCCACUAUUGUUUUAUCCUCCACCUCUACCAAUUUUUUCUUAUUAUCAGAUAAUAUUCUUUCAAUCUCAGACAGCUCCUGCUGUAAACCUUCUACUGUGAGCGUUAUAAGAUCCAAACUACAUUUAUUCAUUAUUUUAUACCAAUUCUUACAAUACUCCUUAUUAGACUUACAAAAACUAGGUCUAAUAUUCAAUCUUAAUCCCCGUGGAAUCCUUAUCACUCUUAAAUACUCAACCAGAGUCUCAGAAUGUAACGGAUAGUUAAUCAAUUUCUUCUCAAGAUACUCAACCCGCCUAUAUAAUGACGUCUGAUCAGUCACAAACACACUCUCCUGUAGCAAUAAUAGCAUCCACCUCUGCCUGUGUAUAGACCCGUGUUUCUGCCCUUUUGUCACUAAUGCCACCAAUGUCAGCAAAAGACAUUAUCUCUCAACAUACACAAGGGACUCAAUAGUCAUAUAAUAUACAAAGUACGGAGAGAAUACUUAAUAUAAUAAUAGCCUAAAUGGGCAGAAACGAGUCCAAAACCCCCCCCAAUGUUUUGGCUCCCUCUGGUAGCCUUUAUCAAGGGUAUCUAUAUCAAAACACUCACCCUGAAACCCCUUAUAUACAUAUAUGCAUGUACUUACAGCUGAUGGCCAUCAGUAAUAAUGUGACUAACCGAGACCGGAAGUGACGUCAUCACUUCCGACCACGGUCCCAUUCACAAAAUACAAAAAUAUACAUAACUCCUAAUACUUGUCUCACGAUCAUAUUGGUAAUCACUCCAUGAGGGUUCCUCCAUAUAUCAUGACUAAACCAUGAACUAUUGCGAAUAGAUUAUUAAAAAUAAAUUCUUAACCAUAAAUUCAUGCCUAUACGCAUGCGCAAUAGCCACUCGCCCCUUCGCCAUAUUAUUUAAUGGCAAUCUGUCCACUGCCAUAUCCGCGCAAAUUAGUAAAUAAAAUUAACAAAACCAGAAUAAUGGUUAAUAAAAAUGAAAAGGAAAAAUAGUCGCUUUAUCAUGGAAAUCCUCCGUACUAGUAGCUCGUCUUGCGAAAAACUACGGAUACCCAAACGGUCCAAACCACUACAUAUCCCAACCGCGUCGAAACCCGCGCAUGCGCAAGAAAGGGCGAACGCCAAUCCAAUCACAUACAGCAUAUAAAUUUUAAAUAAAUACAGUAGUAAAGAGAUAACAAUAAAACCUAUACCAAAUAUAGGAUCUAUCAUUCACAGAAAACACAUAUUUGUAACAUAAAACAUGCCUCCUUGUUAUUUUAAAGAACCAAAAUACAAAUCCAUUUGCAUUAUAUUCGUAAUCAAAAUGAAUUUUCCAUUAAUGUAGCAUGAAACACCAUUUAUAUACCUCUGAAAUAAUAAUAAGAAAUCCCAUUUUAUCCAUAUUGGUUUGAGCAUCAAGCUUAGCUAAUUCACUUAAAUGUUAGCUUGUACACUCCAGAUGCUUUACCAGCAUUACGGCUGUAUACUGCAUACAUCUAUCAACUUUUUUUGUUAUUUAAGAAAUUAACAUUGAAAUUGAAUGAAGACGUAAUUAGAAAUUCACACAACAUAAUUUAACUACUUUAAUGACAUAAUAGAUUUUAGAUGUGAUCUCCUAAUGGGCAUACUUUAAAACUGUAUACUUUUUGUAAUCUUUCAAAAGUAAAAUUUUUCAACAAAUUUGUGGUAUUCCAAACUAAUCAACUCUAUUUUAGGAAGUAGAACAAAAUAGCAAUGAAACAAAAAAGCAGGUCUCAAUUUAGUAAUCUUUCUGUCCAAUUAUUUUGGAGGUUUCAUUACUCAUAAACCAGUUUAGAAACAGUUCAGAAAUGGAAGACUGAAUAUUUUAUCAAAAACUUAUUAAAUAAAAGGAAAUUCCCCACAUGCACCAAUAAGCCACUAUGUCUCACUUAAUUAUUUCAUGAAUGUACUGUAAGAAAACACAUCUUUCAAUGUGACUAGAAUAUUUUUACAUUGAACUAAAAAUAAAAUAAAAACCCUGACAGUAUGCUUAAAAAUCAAAAAUAUAUUUUGUCAAUCAAAAAUGCUUAAUAAAAUCAGAAGAUUUUUUUUAUUUAUAAUCACAUGUAUUUUGCUUAUUAUUUCUAAAUAAACAGAUUAUGGAAAAAUGUGCUUUAACCCCUUAAGGACACAUGACAUGUGUGACAUGUCAUGAUUCCCUUUUAUUCCUGAAGUUUGGUCCUUAAUGGGUUAAGGACCAAACUUCUGGAAUAAAAGGGAAUCAUGACAUGUCACACAUGUCAUGUGUCCUUAAGGGAUUGGUGUUUCUAGAUAAAAGUAUGUUAAAUUAUAAUACAUACUAGUCAGAUACUGUAAAGCACACCCAAAUGUUCCUCAAAGAACAAAUAUAAAGUUACAAGUUUUAACCGCAAUUUUGUUUGUGAUAAAAAAUAAAUCAUCCAAAUGACAACUAUAGAACUUCUUUAAAUACCUUAAACUUGAUAAGAGGAUGAAUGGAACAAUAAUUUCAAAAUAAAUGUAAAUAUAAACAAAAAUGAGAGACAAUUUGUUAGGUUUUGUUUUUAACCCCUUAAGACCGAAGGGCAUACUAUUAUGCCCUAUUUUAGGUGGCUCUAAACUUUCUGUACUUACCCGGUCGCCAGCGAUCGCGGUUGGGGGGACUCCCAGGGAGCCCCCCGCGGCACGUCCGACCCCCUGGCAGCCCCCCCCGGCCAUGUGAGAGUGAGGUCCUUGUGAGGACCUCAUAAUCUCAUGGCCGAGAUAGCUGCCUCCUGCAUUGCCAGCAAUGCAAUGUAAUGACAGGUGGUCCCCUUGCUGGCUGGAAAUAAAAAUAAAAAAAGUUACAUAAGUGUAAAAAAAAAUAAAUAUAUAUAUAUAUAUAUAUAUACUUAGAUCAUUAUAUAUAUAUAUAUAUAUAUAUAUAUAUAUACACACACACACACACACACACAUACACAUAUACAUACACACAUGUACACUGUAUAGGUGUAUUUUACUAUUAAUAUAUAAUUAUAUAUAUAUAUAUAUAUAUAUUAAUAUCAAAUUACACGUAGACUGAUACUGAUUAAAUAUAUAUAUAAUUAUUGUUAUAUAUAUAUUUUUAUAUAUAAUAAAAAAUAUGUAAAUACGUUAAAAAAUAAAAUAAAAAAUAAUUAAAAAAUAUAUAGAUGUGUUAUUUCAUUCUAACUGUAUUGUGAUAAUAUAUAUAUAUUUAUAUCAAAAUACACGUAGAAUGAAAUAAUAUAUAUAAAUAUCUAUAUACAUAUAUACGUAUAUAUCACUAUAUAUAUACCUAUAUAUAAAUAAAAAUAUUUUUAAAAAAUUAUAUAUAUAUAUAUAUAUAUAUACAUAAAUAUAUAUACAUACACACAUAUAUAUUAACAUACGUAUAUAUAUAUAUAUAUAUAUAUAUAUAUAUACAUAUAUUAAUUCUACAUAUAUAUUUAUGUAAUAGUUUUACAUAAUUGGGUAUUUUAAUUAAUUACAAUUAGCGGGACCUGCCUGACAACCCAUGCCGAAAGUAAAGGGAAUUUAAUUUGCUAGCACUAUAUUUAACCCUAUAACUUUCCAAGACACCAUAAAACCUGUACAUGGGGGGUACUGUUCUACUCGGUGGACUUCGCUGAAUACAAAUAUUAGUGUUUCAAAAUAGUAAAAUGUAUUACAACGAUGAUAUCGCCAUUAAAAGUGAAGUUUUUUGCAUUUUUCAUACACAAACAGCACUUACACGGAUGAUAUGAUUGCUGCGAUACUUUUUACUGUUUUGAAACACAAAUAUUUGUGUUCAGCGAAGUCUCCCGAGUACAACAGUACCCCUCAUGUACAGGUUUUGUGGUGUUUUCAAAAGUUACAGCGUCAAAUAUAAGGCUUGUGUUUCAUUUUUUUAACAUUAAAAUUUGCCAGAUUGGGUACGUUGCCUUUGAGAGCGUAUGGUAGCCCAGGAAUGAGAAUUACCCCCAUGAUGGCAUACCAUUUGUAAAAGAAGACAACCCAAAUUAUUGCAAAUGGGGUAUGUCCAGUCUUUUUUAGUAGCCACUUAGUCACAAACACUGGCCAAAAUUAGCAUUCAAUUUAGUUUUUUACUUUUUUCACACACAAACAAAUAUGAAUGCUAACUUUGGCCAGUGUUUUCGACUAAGUGGCUAUUAAAAAAGACUGGACAUACCCCAUAUUGAAUACCCUGGGUUGUCUACUUUAAAAAAAUAUGUAAAUGUGGGUGUUAUUCAGAGAUUUAUGACAGAUAAUAGUGUUACAAUGUCACUAUUGAUAAAUUUUAAAAAUGUAUGUUUUGAAACCGCAAUAUCCUACUUGUACCUAUAGCCCUAUAACCUGCAAAAAAAGCAUGUAAACACAGGGUAUUUUUAAACUCAGGACAAAAUUUUGAAUCUAUUUAGCAGUUUUUUUUCCCAUUCGCUUUUGUAGAUGAGUAAAAUAUUUUUUUCAAUUAAAUUACAUGUGAUUAUAUAAAUAAUGGUAUGUAAAGAAAGCCCCUUUUGUCCUGAAAAAAAACAAUAUAUAAUUUGUAUGGGAACAGUAAAUGAGAGAGCGGAAAAUUACAGCUAAACACAACUACCACAAAAGUGUAAAAAGAGGCCUGGUCGCAAAUGUACAACAUCGCAAAAACAGUCCAGUCCUUAAGGGGUUAAUAUAUGAAAAACAAAAUAAAUAAGAACUUCAAAUAAGAGAAUUGCAUUUUGUACCUCAUAGGUUUUGUAAAAUAUGCAAUAGACCUUAUAGCACUGUUUUUGGCUAUAGUUUCAAUUUAAUAAGAUUUUAAGAGUUCUAAACCUCCCAUCUCUUUAAACUCUACGAAUAUUAAUGUAUCUCUUUUUGCAUAAUUGAAAAUGAGUGACAUGAAAGAAAAUGACAGUUGACUAAAAAGUAAAUAGGUUCACACUGACAUCUUAUGCAAAUAGAUAUCCAGAGAUCAAAGAAGAUCAAAAAGCAUAGGUUCACAUGUCUUCAUUGAGGCUAGCUUUGAUCCCCAAAACACACCUUGUAAAUUUGCCAAAGAGAUAAAAUAGUUCAAGACAAUGGAACUACCAGGGGUAGUCAACCUGGUCUCUACCGCCCACUAGUGGGCAGUUUGGGAUUUCAGGUGGGCUGUGAUGGGUUCUACAAAUGUAUCUCUUUUUGCAUAAUUGAAUGGUAUGUCAUGAUUUAGAAAAACUAGACAGAGAAGAAACCCAGAGGGGUAAUAAAUAUAAUAUGAGCAAGGAGGAAGUGGCCAGCAUAACCAAACUACAAAAAAUGGAUAAUAUAAUCAUAAAAGAAGCAGACAAGGGUGGAGCCAUAGUAAUUAUGACUAAAGAAUAUUAUGUAAAUGAAGCCUUUAACAUUUUGGGGGAGAGAAAUACAUAUAUUAAACUCACUGAGGAUCCAACUAAAAGGUUUAAUAUUAUUCUUAAAUCCUUUUUAAACCAAGCAUACGAGAAAGGUAUUAUUUCCAGAGAUAAUAAGGAAUAUUUAUUUAAUAAUUUUCCCGUAAUUCCAAUAUUCUAUUUUUUGCCCAAACUACAUAAGAAUCCAGUAACACCACCCGGAAGACCUAUUAUUAGCGGUAUUAAUUCUAUAUCCGCUCAUUUAUCAGCGUUUGUAGAUCAUAACCUUCAGAAAUACGCUCAGGAAGCACCCUCUUAUUUAAAGGAUACAUCGCAUAUCUUAAAAAUAAUGGAAGAUAUCACUUGGAAAAAAGAUUUUAUUUGGGUGACUAUAGAUGUUGCCUCAUUAUACACAAUUAUCAAACAUAAUAAAGGUUUAAAUGCAGUGGAAAGAUUUAUGGUGGAGGAUGAAAAUGUUUCAGUAGACCUUCGUGAAUUUAUACUUAAGAGCAUUCACUUUAUUUUGAAGCAUAAUUACUUCUUCUUUGAUGAUUCUUUUUAUCUCCAAAUUACCGGAACAGCAAUGGGGACCAGGUUCGCCCCCAGCUAUGCCAACAUAUACAUGCGCGAUUGGGAAUCCAAUCACGUAUGGAGGGGGCAUGGCUGGGCUGCGAACCUGGUCCUAUGGAAACGUUUUAUCGAUGAUGUAAUAAUGAUUUAGCAGGGUUCAUGAGAAGAACUACAACUUUUCCUUAAUUACAUAAGUCUAAAUGAUUAUGGAUUAAAAUUCACUUAUGAGAUAGAGGUCAAAACAAUUAAUUUUUUGGAUAUAUGUUUUUUUGUAGAAGAUCAAACUAUUCAGUCCAAAUGUUAUUUUAAAAAAACAGAAGGAAACAGCUAUAUACAUAGGAAAAGCUGCCAUCAGGAAAAAUGGUUGAAGUCUAUCCCAAGAGGGCAAUUUAUGAGAGUAAGGCGAAAUUGUUCUAAAGAUCUAGAUUAUCAGGAACAGGCCAAACAUCUAAAAAAUAAAUUUAUAUCAAAAAAAUAUGAACCAAUAUUGGCGAGAUAGGAAGAAGCUAAUGACAUCUAAACCAAAAAAGGCCAUUAAAAAUAAUUACCAGUACUCAUUUGUUACACAAUAUAACAUCAACCAUUGGAGAAUAAGAAAGAUUCUAAAUAGACAUUGGGAUAUUUUACGCAAAGAUCCAAUAUUGGGAAAAAUAUUACCAGAAAAGGCACCAAUUAUUUUUAGAAAAACAAAAAAUCGAAAGAAUGUACUGGCCCCAAGUUAUGCUUUAAAGGUUCAGCGAAAAAAGAAUGAAACAAAUCAAAAGAGUUUCAAUCCGUGUAACUCAUGCAAAGCUUGUAAGAAUCAAAGAUUUAUAAAGAAAAAGGAAUUUAAUAAUACAGUUACAAAAGAAAAAUUCAAAAUGAAAUCCAACAUAAAUUGUAACACUAAAAAUGUAAUGUACAUGUUACAAUGCCCAUGCGGGAAACAGUAUGUAGGCAGAACGUGCAGGAAAUUAAAAGAAAGAAUAUUAGAACAUCAGAAUAAUAUCCGAAAAAAAUCAACCAAACAUAUUGUUCCAAUCUAUUGUAACAACUGCAGCAGGUUCAGCUGGUCAGAUUUUUCCUUCAUGGGCAUUGAACAUGUUGAACCCUAUUGGAGAGGGGGCAAUCUUGCCAAGAGACUCUCACAGAGAGAGACUUUUUGGAUUAAUAAAUUAAAAACUUUGCAGCCUUAUGGGUUAAAUUUAGAUAUAGAUUUGUGGAGCUUUUUUGAAGAAUAAAAAAAUCUUUUUGUGUAUCUUCUUUUCUAUACCUCUUUCUGUAGAUAUUGUAAAUAUUGCAUUUUUUUCUAUGGCUAAUAAGAUUACAAUAGGAUCUCUUAAGUAGAUCCAGGUUGCUAACUCUAUUUACAAAAAUUAAUAUACAUUUCAAAUUUGAUAUUAAAAAAAAAAAACUUUUAGGGUUUAAUAAAUUUAAAAAAUUGAAUUUAUAAUAAGCAAAUUGCUCAGAAUCUUUAAAUUAAUGAAUGGCAUUUUUUUGAAGUUGGAAGAAAUUGUGGAGGCAAGUUGUAAAAAACUGCCUCCCUCUCCCUUAUAUGAAAAUCAAAUAAACACACAAUAUGAUUUAUAAUGUUAUAACUAUAUAGAGUGGAGAAAGUAUUGCUUCUAAUAUAGUUCUUGCAAAAACCACUCACAUGGUUUAAAAAAAAAAAAAAAAAGCAAUGGGAAGAAUGCAAUAUACAUUUGGGUAUUGCACCUCUGUUCACUUUCUGAAUAUUUGUGCUCUUGAAAGAAAAUUGUAAUUUUAUAUAUAUUUUUAUAUAUAAUAUUUUGUAUAUAAUUUUUUAUAUGUAUUUUUUCAUAUAUAUUUUUUGUAUUCAUUAUUUUUUUAUAUGUAUGCACUUUAUUAAUAUAGGUAAUGAGAAUGAUGAUAAUUCAUUUUUAUCUUUAAGUAUUACAUUUGUUUGAUGCAGAGUGAAAUAUUUACUACCCCUUCCUCUUAUUCCCUGUUUCCACCAAACUAUAAUUAUAUGCCUGGCUGAGAUCGAGCAGUGAGCAAUAAGACAGAAACCCUCAACUAACUUCCGGGUUUCGGCAAAGGAACGCAUGCUGGAAUGCACGGGUCAUCGGACGCCGGACGUGAUGACGUCAUAAUACCGGAAAAUCAGUCCGGAGCACAGAAAAGAAACACCUGCAAAAGAUCACGCAUUAUGUGGACACUGAAGGGAAAACACCUGCAAAAGAUCACUCAUUAUGUGGACACUGAAGGGAUAUAUAAGAACUGGGGAGGGAGGGAAAUUUUUAUUGUUCAUUGUUUAUUUGUACCUGUUGAUCACACACCAUACAAGUCCCUGAGGAAGUCCUAUUUGGUUGGAUGAAACGCGUAGGACCCCUGGUGGUGACAGAGGGACUACACUGAUGAUUUUAUAUUUUGAUGUAAGUUAUUAAAUAUUUUUUUGUACUUCACUCUGAAUGUGCAUCUUAUAUUCUUUUAUAUACUUUUCUUUCCUGAGCACAUACAUGCCAAUAUAUCUAUGGAGAUUUUAACCCAGACAGAGGAUUUGGAAUUCCUAUUUUGAAAAAGAAAAUAUUCAAGGCUUGCAAACUUCAGCAAAAGCGUAAGUGGCCAUUUGUGAAUAUAACUUCUACAAUUUGUCAUCAUACACUGUUAUACGCUAUGUUGUUUUAUUUAUGAUUGGUUCAGCAGAUCAUCCCCCUUUUUUUGCUUAAAAUGAAUGUCACUACUGGACCACCAGGGCUUGAAGCACCAUGUGCCCCCUCCCUGGUAAAAGGUAAGAAGAAAUGAGGGGGAGACAUUAAGAUAGAUUUUCACAUCUCACCCACCUACACACAGUAUAGACCCUAUGCACCCCUCACCUCUCUCACACACACACACACAGACUGCCCCUUCACACACACACACACAUCACCUCUAACAUACUCUGCACUCCUCACAAACACCCACACUACCCCCCCCACAUACAUAUGCUUCAUCACUUACACUCUCUAUACCCCUCACACACUGCCAUCCACACAUAAAUGUAAGUAUAUAUUUAAAAAAUAAAAUAACCUCCUUUCUAAAAGAAAAAAAUUUGCGCUAUAAAAUUUGUUUCUCCAGCACUUGUGGGCCGUAAGGAAAUUUUACCAUCAGCAAAGAUACAAAAGUGGGUGGUAGGUAUUAAAAGGUUGACUACCCCUGCUCUAGAGACUCUGGAGCAGCUGUCAUGGAUAUUGAUAUCCCAAUUUAUGAAAGUUUAUCAAAUUUUCACCUUUUAACAAUGGUAAAAUUGGUUAUGGAUUUUAUAUAUAUGAAAAUUAAAAUAAAUAAGAACUUUAAAUAUUAGAAUUGCAUUUUGUACCUCACAGAUAUUGUAAAACAUGCAAUAGACCUUCAUAGUACUAGUUUUUGACCAUGGUUUCAAUUGAAAGAGUUUAAAAAGAUGUGAGAUUUAGAUCUCUUUACAUUUCAAAGUAUAUAAUAUUAUAAUCAUUAUUGCAUAACUGAAAAAGAGUCACAUGAAGGAAGUUGACAGUUGGCUAAAAAGAGUAUUCAAAUAAAAAAUGAUAUAGUGUUGCUAUUUUGGUUCACACUUACCUAUUAUGUAAAUGGCUAUCCAGCUGAGAUCAAAGAAGAUCAAAAAGCAUAGGUGUUCACAUAUCUUCAUUGAGGCUAGCUUUGAUCCCCAAAAACACACCUUGGACAUUUGCCAAAGAGAUAAAAUAGUUCAAGCAGCUGUCAUGGAUAUUGAUAUCCCAAUUUAUGAAAGUUUAUCAAGUUUUUACCUUUCAACAGUGGUAAAAUUGGUAAGGAUAUAUAUUUUUAUUUAUUAAUAUGAAAAUUAAAAUAAAUAAGAACUUUAAGUAUUAGAAUUGCAUUUUGAACCUUACAGAUAUUGUAAAACAUGCAAUUAGACCUUUAUAUUACUGGUUUUUGACCACAGUUUCAAUUGAAAGUUCGAAAUGUAAAGAGUUCUAAAUCUCACAUCUCUCUAAACUCUUUCAAUUGAAACUGUGGUAAAAGACCAGUACUAUGAAGGUCUAUAGCAUGUUUUUCAGUAUCUGUGAGAUACAAAAUGCAAUUCUAAUAUUUAAAGUUCUUAUUUAUUUUAAUUUUCAUAUAUAUAAAAAAAAAUCCUUACCAAUUUUACCACUGAUGAAAGGUACAAAUUUGAUAAACUUUCAUAAAUUGGGAUAUCAAUAUCCAUGACAGCUGCUCCAGAGGAAUGAAGAGUUCCACUGUCUUGAACUAGUUAUCUCUUUGGCAAAUUUCCAAGGUGUGUUUUUGGGGAUCAAAGCUAGCCUCAAUGAAGAUAUGUGAACACCUAUGCUUUUUUGAUCUCCUUUGAUCUCAGCUGGAUAGCCAUUUACAUAAUAGGUAAGUGUGAACCAAAAUAGGAACACUAUAUCAUUUUUUAUUUGAAUACUCUUUUUAGCCAACUGUCAACUUCCUUCAUGUGACUCUUUUUCAGUUAUGCAAUAAUGAUUAUAUUAUUAUAUACUUUGAAAUGUAAAGAGUUCUAAAUCUUACAUCUCUUUAAAGAGUCACACGAAGGAAGUUGACAAUUGGCUAAAAAGAGUAUUCAAAUAAAAAAUGAUAUAGUGUUCCUAUUUUGAUUCAUACUUACCUAUUAUGUAAAUGGAUAUCCAGCUGAGAUCAAAGGAGAUCAAAAAGCAAAGGUGUUUACAUAUGUUCAUUGAGGCUAGCUUUGAUCCCCAAAACACACCUUGGACAUUUCAGUCAUUUGCAGAAUGUAUAAAAUGGUUGAAGGCAGUGGACCUCUUCAUUCCACUAGAGACUCUGGAGCAGCCUGUCAUGGAUAUUGAUGUUGAGCUGAACCAAAUCCUGACAACUGUUCUCUCCCUAGAAGAAGACUAUCCUUUGCCACAGAAUGAAUACAAAAAUGAUGGCUUCACUUGUAUUCUUGGGGAAUUACCAGAUAUUUUUCAAUCAGUGCAAAGUCGACUACCUCCUUUCUACUCAGGGCUUCUACAACAGAAUCAUGUGGAUCCCUGCUCAUUAUUGAGAAUCUCACAUGAGACUAAGACAAACCAAACUCUGGAUCCUAAGAACCCAGAUGAUUAUAUAAACAAAUCGCAAGGGACAUACAAGGGCAUCAAAAGUAAGUUAAUACAAUUGGCUAUAUAUAAUAUACAUAACAAAUUAUAAAAAUAUUUUAGUGUUUAUAAAUUCUUUGGUAGGAGGGUUAGAAAAAUAAAAAUUUAUUUAUGUGUGUCUGGAAAAAUAAUUAUUCAGUUUAAGUUUGUAAUUUAUUAACCUUAUUAAUUUGAUGGGUACUUUGAAGCAUUAAAAUAUAAUUUGUUUAUUGUAUAAACAACUUAAUUUUUUUUAAUUCCUGAAUUAAAAUGUAAAGUUUUAGAUUUUUUUUCCUUUAGGAAAUUGUUUAAAACCAAACACAUAUUUAAAUCCCUCAACUAUAUAAAUAUAUAUUUUUAAAAAAGUUUUGAAAUUGUCAAGUAUUUUAAAUUUCAUAUCUCAGUUUGAAAAAUAACGGCAUUACUUCUAUGUCAAACAACUUGUUAUAGCUCAGUGUUUGUUAGUUCUGGAAACCUGUUUUGCUUAGACCAUCUGUGUCUUCUAACCUAAUAAUUCUAUGCAAUUAUAGAUUUAUUUUAUUUGCUUCAUCUAUUCAGGGCCAUUUCAUGCAGAGCAGACAGAAGGAUGUAAAAGACAGAGGUGCAUGAAUGAUAUUUAUUUGCCAACGGCUUCAAACAGCAGAACGGUGAAAAGAACACAGUUCAGCAUGGAACAGACUGAAUACUUGCUAAAUCAGUUUGAACUGGAUCCUUAUCCAGACUUUGUAAAAAGAUGUCGAAUUGCAAAUCUAGCCGGAAUCCCUGAACCAAGGAUACAGGUAAUAAGUUAAUUUAAGUGUAAUUUUAUAUUUGCCUACAUUGUUUGUUACUUUAUAUCUAGUCACAGUUUAAAACAUGCAAAUUAUAUUCAACUCCUUCCCUUCCAAUCACAUACAUACACAUCUUAAAGGGAUACUAUAGUGCCAGGAAUACAAAACUGUAUUCCUGGCACUAUCGCUUCCCCUGCCCAGGUGAAUAAAGGGUUAAAAACACAUUAUUUGCUUACCUGAUCCCAGCGCUGAUGUCCCUCAUUGCUGGGUCAAAGCUCUGCCUCCUCCGACAGUCCCACGACAAGCAGGGUCUAAUGAGCAUGCACGGCAAAUGCCGCACGUGCAUUAGACCUCCCCAUAGGACACUUUUCUAUGGGGAAUAAUCUGACGCUGGAGGUUUUCAUGCAGAGCAAUUCAAUUCAGUAGACAGCCGCCGUGGGCAGACUUAGAGCUGCAAUGUAAACAAUGCAGAUGCUCAAGUACUGCAAUAUUUUACAUUGCAGCACUUAGUGCAAAAGGGACAGUGCACACAGACCACUUCAAUGAGAUGAAGUGGUCUGGGUGCCUACAGUGUCCCUUUAAAACACAUGCAAAAUUAGAUUUGUCUACAAAGCCCCACUUACCCCUCCCCCCCAACAUUUGUUUUUACAAUUCACAUAGAUCCCAGGAAGGGAGAUUCAUUAAUUUGCCCAUCUUUUUAGCUGUAUCUCUGAAAAUGGCCUCUAACUCCCAUUCUACAGGAGUGUUAGACCACUAGACCAAUACUAAGUUUAACCUGCAGAGUGAGAGUGUGUGAAUUCCGAACAAACACAAGAGUUAUUUAAUAAAGGGCAAGUUGUUGGGUAUUAAAAAUUAAAGUGACACUCCAGCAAAUUUAACCUGCUCACGUGCUCUGUGUUUAGAGUGUCACCUCUUAUUAAAAUUUUACAAAAAGCAGAUUCCAAUAGAAAUUUCAACUUUUAUUAAAUCGUGCUACACCACACUGGCUGUGAGACAGUAUGUCCUGUUACUUUAUUCAAGAGGCAGGAAUCUGUCAAAGCACCUACCUUGCAAAGACCUCUCAUUGAGUAGCAUGGGAAUGUCUGUAAUAAGACAGCCAUAGAAAGUCUGGGCUGGGUCAGAGCAGAGCUUGCACAGAAAUUUGUAGCUCUUGCAUAAUGUUUUUAGAUAUACUUCCAAUUAACAAAAAUCAUAAUUAAAUACAUAAUGGUUUCAUUGGGGAUAUAAUGUAUCUACUAAACAGGAUUUUUUUGUUUUAUUAUAUUGGGCAGUGAAGUGUCUGUUCAAAGUGAAUUUCAAAGUUAAUACUAAAAUAGUUUUAGUUGGAAAUAGCUAAUUUUUCUUUUUAGACCUUUUUGUGGUAUAAAAGACGCUGAAUUCAGAACGCACAAUACAAAAGAAUGUUUUCUUAUAGACAGACUUGUUUGUCCCGUAGGUUCUAAUCUGCUAUGGAUGUUUUAAGCAUUACAAUAGUAAAGUUGUUUUGGUAAUGAUUACAAAAAAAUAUGCCAUAUACCGAAUUAUUAUAUAAAAUGUGCUAAAACUUGUCAUUUUUUACAGGUUUGGUUUCAAAAUAGAAGAGCAAGACAUCUCAUGGAACCAAGAACUACUAGAAGCAACCUUGAAAGUCAUUGA